CUGCUGCAGACCGUGUUCGAGUGGCAGUCCGAGUUCGACACGCUCAACCUGAAGGCGCAGCUGCUGCUGGAGACGUACUCGGACUCGAGCAUCUGCAACCAGUUCACGCAGCUGUCGGCGCGCUACACAAGCCUGCUGUCGCUGGCCAAGGAGGUGCUGCAUGCACUCGAGCAACACUACCAGGAGCACCAGCAGCAGCAGUGCAUGUACGGCGAGGUGUCCGAGCUGCUCGACAGCACCCAGGAGCGGCUGCGCGAGCUGCAGAAGCCCUCGGCCACUAUGGACGACGCCGAGUCCCGUCUCAGGAGCCUCGACCUGCUCUGGGCGACGUUGCAGCAGGGCCGAAACAAGGUGUCUUACAUGAUGGAGCUUACAGACAAGGUGAUUGAAACAACAUCUGCUGAAGGCGUCAAAACAAUCCGCGAAAGUGCCGACAACACGUCUGCUGAGUUUGAGCGCCUGCUCCAGGAAGUCUCCGCCGUGCGCUCCGCGCUCUCCGAGCAGUUGUCAGCCCUCGGAGAGCUUGCCCAGGAGCUUCAGCAGUUUGAGUCAUGGCUUAGCGAAGCCCGGGCACAACUUGCCGAAGCCAAAUCCGGUGCAGAACAGGCCUCUGGUGCAGUGGAAAAGAAGACGCGUCUCGACAAGAUCAAGGCUAUCGCAGCCGACGCCGCCUCCAAGUCUGGCACGGCGGCGAGCCUGGAGAAGCGACUCCAGGAAACAAAGCAGCUGAACACGCCGGAACGUAAGAAGAUGAUCGCAGACUUCUCCGAACUCCAGAAGGAAGCCGAAGAGCUGGCCGCCCGCCUGGAAAAGGAGGUGGAAGCGCUGGAGCGGCAGCGAUCCAUCCACGCCCAGGCCGUUCAGUGGCUGAAGGAGGCCAAGCUGAAGCUGCAGAAGUGUUCUGAUGCAACGGGCAGCCAGGCCGUGGUCCGCGAGAAGGCAACCCAGCUUUCGAAACUCCGAGAAAGCCUGCCGACCGGAGUUGCUCUCGUGAAGGACGUAGCGCAGUGCACGGAGGAGGUGUCCCCGUGCCUGAACCAGUCCGGCAAAGAACGGCUCCAGGAGAACCUUCAGGAGCUACGCCAGGACUUGGAACAGCUCGAGCACGGCGUCGAGGAUGCUCAGGACUCCCUCGACGAGUGCCUGCAGUGCUGGGAGCACUUUGGAGAGCUGUAUGGUACAAUGUCCCAGUGGCUGUCACAGUUUGAAGGAAAUGCCAAGCCUGCCCUGGCAUCUACUGCAGUUGAUGCCGACCACCUGAAGCAGCUAAAGGCUCUUCUGGAAGAAGCUUCUUUCCACAAGCCCGACAUGGAGGAGAUGAACGAGGAGUGUGAACGGCUUCUUCUGCUCAGCGCGCAGACACCAGUUCGAGACCAGGCUGUCAAGUUGUCCACGCUCUACACUUCCCUCGUGGCGGCUCUCCAGGAGAAUGUCACCAAGCUUCAGAGAACCCUGGGCAGCCAGGAGGAGUUCGACAAGGCCAAGCAGAAGUUUGUCCAGUGGCUGGAAGCCGCACAGAGAAAACUCAACGCUGCCAAAGAGCCCGGCACGGACUUGGCCACCGUGCAGAAGCACCUCGCAGAACUCAAGGAACUUCAUCAGAGCCUUUCUGAAGGAAAGCACCUGUUUGAUGUUGUAACUGAGGCUGCCAGCAAGAUGCAAGGCGGCCUCUCUGAUGUUAGCCAGGGUCCUAUUCGCUCUCAGGUGGAUAGUCUACGUGACCAACUAACCACGCUCGAGCAACUGACGAGCGAGGCGACCGGCCGGCUGGCAUCGCUUCAGUCCCGCUGGCAAGAGCUGAUGCAGGGCGCCGACACCCUGAAGGUGUCGCUCCAGGAAGUCGAAGAGUCACUGAAGGAGCGACCCGUGUCGGGCGGAGACCUUGUCCAAAUCCGCUGCCUUGUUGAGCAGUACAAGCACACAGCCCGAAACCUGGAUGACUACAAGCAGAAGCUGAAGGAGCUUCGAGUCGAAGCGUCCGAAUUGGCCGAGAAGACGGACGGCGGGGAUGUGCUCCCCGUGCUGCAAGAAAUGGCGAAACAAUUGGAGUCACUUCAAAAGAAGUGUCAGGCUAUUCUGGACUCGCUGGAGUCGGAACUGCACGAUGCCCAAAGCUACCAAAAGGCAUUACAGGAGGCUGAGAAGUGGCUUCUGCAAAUGUCGUUCCCAGUAAUGGCUCAACACUCGCUUCAGGUGCUCAACAAGCAGCAGACGCAAGAACAACUUGACAAGUACAAGGGCAUUCUGGCGGAGGUCAAGCAGUACCAGUCCACCCUUGAUGAUGUGAAGGCCAAGGGUCGGGGACUGGUCAACCGCUACAAGAAAGAUGCACCCCAGCUGGAACAGCAAGUGCAGUCUCAGCUCGACAACAUUCAGGAGAGCUACGAUGCAUUGCUGACUGGUGCAAACCAAGUCCUGGCUCGUCUCGAGAGUGCUCUGCAGAAGUUCAUCAGCUACGAGACGAUGCUCGAGGUCUGUGACAAGCUGCUGGAGGAACUGGAGCCCAAGAUUUCCGCGCUCUCUGAGGACACUCCGAAAACAGCUGAGGCCUCCAAGAUCAAGCUGGAAACUUGCAAGGGCAUGCUCUCCCAACUCACCGAAGCGAGGACCCAGUUCCAAGAGGCCAUUCAGGGCUGCAUUGAGGCAGUGUCUUCAGUAAGCAGGCCGUCUAGCCCGGAGGUGGCUACGGUCUUCAGUGUUCCAGAACAGGAGGCCAGCAUCAAGAUACGCCUCCAGGACAACAUUGAGCAGUUGGAGGCCAUCGCUGCCCAACUGGAGGUUCAGCUCAGAGGCUUUGAGGAAGCCGGACGCAAGCGAGCUGCUAUCGAGGACUGGAUUGUCGAGAAGCAGUCCACUGUUACGCAAUUGGGGAGUGCGAAGUUUCCUCCGCAGACACUGGCACUGCAGGCUCAACUUAGGCAGCUUGAGGACAUCAAGCAUGAGGUUUCUGAAAAGUUGACAGCCGUGGAUGCCCUGGAGCUGAAGUCGGGAAUGCCAGGAGCAAGUGAGGCUGCUCUGCGUGACCGUCUCCACCAAUUGGAAGCACAGGUCUCCCAAGUGGCAAGCGCCAGAGCUACCCAGCUGGAGACUCUGGAAGAGUACAACACCCUGGCUGGCCAAGUGGACGUGAGGCUGACCGCUGUCGAGUCGUCGCUGGACAGCACGCAGCGGCCGACAGUUGGCGACGCCAAGCAACGCUUGCAGACACUCAAUGUUUUGCUGGACGAGGUGACCAGCAUUGGCGGCGAUGUAGCUGACCUCAGAGGCAAAAUUGCCAUUCUCACCAAGUGUCUCGAGCCAGACGACAAGGCCAAGUGUGACGACCAACUCAAGUGCCUUGAAGGAAAGUGCGACGAGCUGCGCAAGCGGAUACUUCGCAGGACCAAGAGCUUGGACCUGAUCCAGAACGGACUGGACGCCCUGUACUCCGAAGCGGCCACCACGGAAAAGUGGCUUCAGGAGAAGCAGGCCUCCCUUGAGCAGCUGCCAAACCCUGGCUACCAGAGCACUAGUGUCGAAGCGGCACUGCAGGGAAUGAAGGCCGAACAGCGGCAAGUGGAGAACAAGCGCGCCGUGGUGCAGGACUUUGAGAAGCGCAUCGAGUCCUUCUCGCACGAGCUGGACAGCUUGGACGCUCAGCAGCUCGAGCAGAUGAUGCAGGACCUGAAGACACGCUUUGCCGAUCUCCUCAACCUUCUCGCGUCGCACACAGACAGCCUGACGGAGCUGCUCAACAAGACGUGCCGCCUCGACGACGAGCUGGAGAUUGUGCGGCAGUGGCUGCGCGAGAAGGAACAGGACCUGCGGAGGGUCGGGGCUCCCGCGCAGGACGCCAACGAUGCCAGGAACCUUCUUAGUUCGGUUCAGGCGCUGCAGAAGGAAGUGAAAAACUUUGAAGAAACCAGGCUGGCCGGACUUGUAAAGCUUGCAAACGACCUUGAGCCUGGCUGUGAGCCUGAGGACUGCGCAGCUUUACAGAAGCUUGUUCAGGAACCCCUUGAGAAAGUCAAGGAGCUCCAGCAGAACCUGGCCGAGCGUCUGAAGCAGUUGAAGGAGCUGGUUCAGCUGUACGACGAGUACCAGAAAGCUCUGUCGGCCGUCAAGUCCCUCCUGAGCGAGACGGAAGCGUCGCUGGCAGCCGACCUGCUUCUCACCACGAGCGAAGAGGUGAUUCGUGGACAGCUCGACACCCACCGUCGGCUGCAGGAGAGCGGUCGUCGCCUGCCUGCCGACCUGUCCAAGAUGCAGAAGCUGGCCUCCAAGCUUGGCCCAGCCGCUGGCGCCAACCGGGAGAUACGUGUUCUCAACGAGACCAAGGACAGACUGGACAAGCUGCUGUCUGACCGCAUCACUGCCUUGGAGGAGGCCCUUGCGGAACUCCAGCAGCAGCGCACCACGCUAAACCAGUGCAGCGAGGAGCUCGACGACCUGUGCCGGCGUCUCGAGGCGCUCGGCGGUCCGUUAGGCCCAGCCAUCCAAGAUGCAGAGGUCCUGCUCUCGGCACUACAGAAGGUGCAGACAGAACUGAAGGAUCUGCAAGGCCGCCUGGAGCGCAUGCAGGGACCCAGCCCCUUGUCCGAAGCUGUCGGGCGGCUGCUGGAGCGCUGCGAGGCCACCUUGCAGAAGACCCAGGGCCAACUGAGUCGUGCCAAGCAGGCCCUGUCCCUGCGGCAGCAGUACCACCAGCUGCGGGAGCAAGUGGCACAGGCCAUCGCCCGGCUCACCGACACAGUGGCCGUCCUCGAGAAGGCCAAGAAGCCUGCUGCCGAGAAGCUGCCCCAGUACGACAACCUGCUGGCCCAGGUUGCUGACGCCGAAGGUCAGCUGACCUCGGCCCAGGACAAGGGAGAAGCUCUAGCCGAGGAGGGGUCGUCGGCCGACCACAACGCCAUCCUUGGCGACCUGGGCAACCUGAAGAGCCAACUGGCCUCCCUACGCAAGUCUAUCCAGAACCUGAAGACACAGGAGCAGGGCCUGCUGGCCGAACAGGAACGCCAGCUGCAGGCCCUGGAGAAGACCCUUCAGGACCUGCGCGCAGACGAAGCACAGGCUCGAAGCCGUCCCGCAUUGACUAUGCAGCCUGAAAGCAUAGACGCUGAGCUGGAAAGCCACAAGGAACUGCAGCGUCAGUCUGAAGAGCACCUGGAGGAGGCACGCAAGUUGGAAGAGCAGCUGUUCAAGGAACUCCCCAGCGAGUUGCUGGCCAGCCGCGCCCAGGAGGAGCUGAGCGAACUGGCCCUGCUGCGGUCCACGCUGCCCCAGCAGUUGCAGGAGCGCGGGCACUACCUGGGCUGCGCCCAGGCCCUGCGCCGGGACUACUGGGCACAGCGGGAUGCCCUGGUAGACUGGCUCGACCGCGCCGAGCGUGUUGUAGCCGCCGCCAGGGAUGGCGUCGACCUGGAUGGCCUCGAUGCCCGCUGCAAGGAGCUCAGGGACGUCUGCUCGGAAACAGCUGGUUACAGCGAAUGCCUUCGUAGCCUGCAGGCACUGCUAACACAGAUACGGCCGACCAUGGACCCCGAAGCAUCGCUGCUGCCCGAGCAAGAACUCGCGACCCUCCAGCAGCGGCUGACCGCCCUCAGUGCCAAUGCUCGCGCUGCCCUCGACGCAGCGCAGAAUGACCUCGCCUCGUGGGCCAGCUUCGGCAAGCUCCGCGAGCAGCUCGAGGCGCUCCUGGCAACGCUUGAGCCCUCGGAAGAUAAGCCCGCCACCAUCCGUGCCCUGAGGAAAGCGCUGCAGUCGUUGGGACGUCUUCAGGAGGAGGCACAGCGCAGUCAGCCGUUGCUGGCACAGCUGUCCGAGGCAGCCCGAGUUCUGGAGAGGAAGUCUGGACCAGCCACUAGAGACCUAACUGGAAACCAGGCCAUGACCCUGAGCAAGCGAUGGCAAGAGGCCAUGGACGACAUACAGGCCCGAAAAGAGAGAAUGGCCAAGGCCCUGGCUGACUGGGAGGCAUAUUCGCAGGCUCUUGCCCGGGCUCGAACGACCCUUGAAGCUAGAGAACAUGACCUGGCGGCCAUUCAGCCACUCCUGCUCGAUGUGACCGCCGCUGAAAAUGCACUAGAGAGCCUGCUGUCUCAGGUGACCGGAGAGCCCCUGGGCGCACAGGUGGACGAGGCCGGCAGAAAAGCGGAGCCCGUGUUGUCUUACCUCGACUGGGCGUCGCAGCCGGCGGCCACCGCACUCAGGAACGAACUCCAGGCGCUGCGCGACCGCCACUCACAGCUGCAGAAGUCCAUUGAGCAGCAUCUGCAGGGUGUCCGUGAGGAGAGGGCAGCACAGGCUGCCUUUGAGGAGAAGGUCGCCUCCCUUCGGGAAGGCCUGCUCCAGAUGGAGAGGGACAUUGGCGCGGCCCCCACCUGCGGGGAAGAUGAGGACCAGGUCCAGAAGAACCUCCAGAUGCUCCGCGAGCGGCUCAGCUUCCUGGACCGGGAAGUGCGAGCCACGUCCCGGUCGGCCCACGAGCGCUACAGUGAGCGCCGGCAGGGCGUGCCGGACGUCGUGGAGCAGGCCCUGGCCUCCGUGGAGCUCCUCUCGGAGAACGUAAUGGCCGCUCUCGAAGGAAAAGAGCGGGAGUUCAAGAAGGCACGCACCGCGCGGGCUGACUAUUGCGAGGGCUCCAAGGCCCUGGCUGCGUGGCUCCAAAAGGCACAGGGAAUCCUGCAGCGCAAAGGAGACUCUCCGGAAGUCACCAAGGAGAACCUUGUGGCCCUCAAUGCCGAAUUACCCGGAGUACGCCGGGAUGCAGAGCGCCGUGUUGUCCAGAGCGGCAACCUUGUUGUCGAGUGCCUGGGUGACACGGAACAGGCCAAGUCAGUGCGGGCCACCAUCACUUCUCUCACAGACCAGCUGCAACAGGUGGAGUCGUGGAUCCGGGAGCGCCUCAGCGAGGUGGAAGACGCCCUGGAGGCCUGGGCCCGGUUCCUGCAACUCCACGAAGCACACAAGACGUGGCUGGACAUGAAGGAGCUGGCAGUGGCUAAGCGGGAGCCACUCAACACGCUGGCCGUGGCAAGGCAGUGCCUGUCUCAAUGCCAGGAGGUGAACCGGGACAUGGCAAGCGGCCAGGGCCAGCUGGCGGAGAUGAGCGGCCUGGUGCAGCGCAUUGGCCGCUCCUGCCACGUGGGACCGCUGCUGGAGAAGCUGGACGCGGCCGAGGAACGCCAACGCAACCUCGAGGGCCGUCUCGUCCAGGAGCUGGCUCUGCUCCAGGAGCUGGUCGAAGAGUGGGAACAGUGUGAACGCAAGGCUCGCGACUGCCAGUCAUGGUUGGAGCGAGCACGCUCUUCCCUCGAGGCACCUCAACUUCGGCGUAAGAGCCUGCGUGACCAGCUGGCCUUGCGUGAGAAAAUGCUGGCCGACCUUUCCAGCCAGCAGACCAAGAUGGCCAUGUCACUGGAGAAGCUGCGGGUGCACCUACGUGUCUGGGCUUCAUACUCACCAGAGGAGAACGCCAUGGUGGCCGCGGUGCAGGAGCUGUCACGGCAACUGCAGGGGCUGCAGGGGAAGCUGGACAGCCGCUGCCAAGAGUUGUCUGCCUGCCUCGCACAGGACGAGCAAUAUAGUCAGGACCUCCUUCACGUGAGGCAACUGCUGUCGCAAUCAGAGCACCGACUGAAGCUGGCCCUCGGGGCUAUCGGUAACACGCCUGCGGAACGCACUCUGAACCUCAAGCUCCAGGAGGCUCUUAAGGAUGAGGUCAGAAAGUACCGGCACCAAAUGACUCAGCUUCAGGACCACAUACGCAAACUGCACCAGCGACAGUUGCCCGAUGAGGUGCCGUUCAACGUCAGCACGGACACUUCGUACAAACGUUACGUCCGAUCGCCACGUGGCAGUGCCCGCCCUUCCCGGGAAGCCACGCCUGAGCCAGGACAGGCUUCCUCCAGCUUAAUGCCAGGCCUGGACUUCAGGGGUGCACCGUUCCUUCAGCUGCCACGAGGAGCACAUAGCUUGCCAGCCGAAAGCCACGAGCACUUCGAAGAAACCGAGCAGAUUCCCGUCACCCUCAUUGCCCCGGUGACGCAGAGUUUGCCUCCGGCAACAUCACAGGAGAGACACGUGAAGUCAGGCGCAGCCAAGUCCAGCUCCAAAGAUGGGUCGAGCCAACAGAAAAAUGUAGAUGGCAAAGUGCAACAGUCUCGGAGCACAGCCGACUCCAGGCAAGCAGAGAGCUCGGGCGAGCCAUCUCUGGCACCAAGGCCGACGUACGCGGAAAUCCUGUCUGGGAGAGCGAGUCCACAGCCGACUUUGGUCACAGAGUCUAGCGCCGACGAUGAGCCAGUUCAGCUCGAAGCCAGGAAGCCUCAUCCUGAAAAAGACAGCAGGCAGGAUGACAAGGAUUCCCACACUUCUGCAGUUCAAGUCCCAGUGACAGUGGAAACAGAGACUGCCGAAAGACUGAACGGAACGACGCAGCCUGUCGAAACGGUGCAGAAAGAACUGUUGUCGCCCACGGGCGAGUCUAAAAGGUUGACAUAUGCGCAAGUGGCCCGUAUGGGAAGCCCCGUGCCCGGCUAUGAAGGGGUUGAGUCUAGGAGCGAGCCAGUUGCCGGUGAGGACGUAUCAGGGGGAGUGCGCGAGUCGGGAGGUGUGAGCAAGGACGCGGUGGGGGUUGUGCCUCAGAGGACAGGUGCCGAUGAGAGUGGCGCGUGCUCGCCGGAGCAGCGUCAGGGCACCCCCUUGGAAGAGACGGCCAGCAAGAAAAAGGCCAAGAAAAAGCGCAAGGGGCUGCCUGAAGAGGCAAGCGCUCGGGAACCUGUUGGGGAAGGAGGGGGUGAAAAUGCUGGGCGCCAUUCCGACGGGUGCCUUGACCCAGCCUCCAAGGGGGCGGACGUAUCGAGUGAAACAAUCCCGAAGCUUUCCGGCCAAGCUCCGGGCUCGUUUAUGGACGUCCCCGCCGGCCAGGAGUACAUGGCGUUCUACCAGUCUAGACCGCAGACCGUUGUGACUCGAGAGCAGCAGCCAGACGGGACCUCUCAGGUGACUCGCACCACCACCAGGCUCGUCUCGGCAGUCAGCACAGGGCAGACAGGCGGUCAGCCGCAUCUGGGAACAGAUGGAGGUCACCAGCCUUGGCAGCUCUCUGAAUCUUUUAGAUCUCUUACAAGCCCCGAUGGCAUUCAAGCAUACACAGCGAAUCUGGAGCCUCAGGGGAGGUCAGAACAGUUGACUACGGUUAGCACUGUCAGCGGCACUUGGAGCUCCGAACACGGCAGUCCCAUGUGGGAGUCCUGGCAGUCCCAGCCAGCAGAAGGGCACACUCGUUUUGGUACUAGCUGGGUUGUAACACGUCACGACCGCAGUCCUUCCCCCAUGCCUUUCCUUGCAGCGGCAACGGAGAGGCACUCAACACAGGACACAACCGACACUCACCCGCAGGCAGUCACAGUGACUACCGGAGAGCUUGCUCCCACACUGAGCAGCCUGCCAGGAGAGCCUAGGGUACUUAGUGGCACAUCUGUUGAUGACGAGCUCAGGGCACUGUCAUCACUCGCCGGCAGGCAAGAACCCGCACCUGGUGAAGUCAAGCUGGUGGAGAGCGAGUUUAAGAGGGAAGUGGAACCGCUGAACCUGGUGUCUUCGAGGGUCGUGCAGGACACAGAGGAGAGGAAAACCAUCGAGCUGAAGUUCCAGGAAAAAGUUCAGCUUGUUCAUUACUCCUUCCAGCUUCCAUCCUUCGCGGAAUUUGUGCAAGCGCCAGAAGAGGACGCCCACGAGGUGAGGCCUCUGGACAACACAGACGUGGAAGGCGUUGCUGCAAGUGAAAUUCCCGGAGAGAAACAGACCACCACUGAAGUGUACAGUGUGAGGGUGCAUGAAUCUGAAAUGGACACCAGGAAGUUGAUGCAGAGGAUAGGUGCUCACGAAAUGGUAAGUGAUGGCGUGUCUACACAACGCAGUCAGGGUUGGACACCUGAUAGUGUCGUCAAGGGAAGUGCCAAAGUUUCUGCCAAACCUCCAGCUGAAACUGAAGAGCUCAAUACAAUGACGUCAAAGCAGAUGCCCAGUAUACACACCCUGCAGCAUCGGGAGAUAACACUCGACAAGAUGCAGGCAGUAACUGGUGAGGGCAUCACAAGCACUUUGGUUUUUCCAGCUGAUUCUGAGACUGAGACAUCUCAGUCUGAGAAACAGCGUGAGGUUGUCAGCCGCACUACCGUAACUGUUAGGCAGCUGUCACCCGGUGAAGGAUCGGCAGCUGCCGAUCCUCGCCACUUAUUCCCGAACGCCAAGUCCAUGAAGGAAACAGGUAAGGAAGGCCAGAAGGGAGAACCAAUGCUUGUGAGUCAAAAACCAGGCACCGCUGAGGUUGAUGCUGUGAUCAUGAAAGGUCGGGUCUCCAAAUCACCCACAACAAGCACGACACUUGCAACAAGCACAACAGACGUGGGCAGCACUGUUUAUGCCAUAAGCGCCGAUCUACUGUCCACAGUGCCGCAGCAACCGAUUAACGUGACAGCUCUUGAAGGACCAGAAAAGGCUCUGGAAAGGGCUAAUGGGCACCCAAAACAUCUCGAGCUCCAAAAGAUGGAAAGUCCACUCCCAUCAAUUACAGUCAGCAAGACUUUGUCUGGGCAGCAUGAAAUUGAUUCUGGGAAGCUCCCACUGUCCUCUGGGACUGGCGCAGAGCCUGCCGGGAAACCUUUGCUGUCUCAGCCUGAGCAAGGCGAAAGCACUCCAUUGAUGGCAAAAGAAACCGGGGAGCCUGCAAGCCUAGGAUAUGAUGAGCAAAAGACAACAGAUGAUGAUGCCCCCACUAAUGGCCAACCUAAGCAUCUGAAAAAGAGUUCCAAGCAAAAGAAGAAGGACCAUUCUCCGUCUCCCCAAGUCCAAGACACGAAAACAUCAAGCAAUCCGCUGGACAGGUUCGGCAAGAAAGUGAAGAAAUUUGCAAUGAACUUGUUCUCUGGAGACAGCAAGCAUCCCUCCGAUGUCACUCCUACAGAAGACGCCAAGAAAGAACAGCCUGUCCAGCCAGACGGUGAAACGAAGAAGGAGAAGAAGAAAAAAUCAAAAAAGAAAGGCAAGGCUCCCCUUCCCGAGCAACCCGCUCUUGUAACACCGUCAAGAGUAGAAACUGAAAGUGACAAACCUGAUGCCAUGCAACCGGCACCAACAAAGGAAACAGGUGAACCGCAACCCCUUCGAGAAGGCUUCAACAGUACCCUUACCACUCCUCGAGGUAAGACUCCGGCCGAUGUCUCUCGGCAGCUUGUCAUUCUGCGUGACGACAGUAAACAACCAUACAGUGUGACCACGUCUGUUGCGCUUGAUACCAAAGUGCCUGCUGUGAUGCCUGGCAGUGCACAAGCUCCAGACAGUGUGACGCCAGCCGUGCAGAACGAUAAGCUGCAUGAGGCAGAGACCGACCUCACAGUUCACAUCAUCAGUGAUCCUAUCGUAGGUGAGGUAACCAAAUACGAUGUACCUCCAACGACACAACAGUCCCAUGACAGUUCCAGCACAGUUCCUUCUUACGUGCCUGUUUAUACUCAGCCGUCCAUAGGUGGAAAAGCUCAGUCCCCUCAAAAAUAUACUAAAGAAUUGCCACUUCAGUCAGCCGAUGCCCCUAAGGCAGAAGGCGACAUUUCUUUGGACAAACUAGGAACAGAAAAACCUAAGGCUCCCUCUGAGGAAAGCACGCUCACUAUAAUAUAUGGAGUUCCUACCAUCACAACAACCACAAUAGUUGAGCAUUCACAGAUAACAAGUGUCUCAAACACUGCAGAAAUGCUGCAACCAGGUGACCACAAGCAGCAACCAGAUAUGCAAAACAAGACUGGUUUCGAUGCUUCUUCAGGGUUCCCUAAAACACCAAGCCAUAGUGACAUUACUAGAGCAGCUGCAAGAAAAGCAGUCAUCAAAGAUGGCUCUAUGCCACAACAAAAAGAGGACAAACAACACCCAGGCAAGAAAGAAAAAGGAAAUGAAGGAAAGGAAAGUGGCCUGGACUCCCAACAUAAAAACGACGAAGAACAUAGCCACGGAAAAAUUGUUGAGCCAAAAGAAAUGCCUCAAGAGCAAGGACUUGAGAAAUGUUUUGAACUUCACAACACAGAACCAGCACAUGUCAUCAGAGAGGGUGAGCACCUCCAAGACCCCUAUGAGAAAACACUGAACGUAAGCAAAACAACCAUCCAUGGAUACCAAGAAGUUUCACAGAAAGUAGAACACCUUCUGGAAACAUGCGAUCUCAGUGAGGCUGUUCUAUAUCAACAGCCUGAACACAUGGACAAACUGAAAGAGGAAACAAUAUCAAAGAUCAUCACACAAAGCAACGAGCCAGUAGGUCAAGACUAUGAUAACACACGCCUUAUUUCCGAACUGACCGACAUAAUCAGGCAAUGUAGAAGAGAGCAUCCCCCAAUGAGUGCAGACACAUUUCCGAAGCCAGAAACUGAACACAAAGCUCCUGGCAGGAAAAACAAGCGCAAGUCAAAGAAGCCAUCCAAUGAGCCACAUCACCAUAAAGAUAACAAGACGGUCAUCUUCACUGAAGUGACCCACAUCACCAAGGAAGGUGAGAGCGAGCCACAGUUCCCUCAAGAGCCUAAAACUAACACGCAAGAGCUGACCAAGCUUCCAAGCAAAGAGAGCACACCUGGAAUGGAGCCCACUCCAACUAUCUUUGGCUGGAAGGAAGCACCUGAGGAGCCAGAAGCCAAUGACAAGGAGCCUGGCAAGAAAGAGAAGGGCAAGCCAAAGAAGCCAUCCGAUGAGCCACAUGAGCGGAAAGAAGCCGAAACGGUCAUCAUCACUGAAGUGACUCGCAUCAUCGAGGAAGGUAAGAAGGAGCCAGCAUUCCCCGGAGAACCUGGUGCUGAAACGCAAGAGCCCACCAUGCUUCCAAGCAGAGAACCUGAGAAGCCAGAAGCCAAUGACAAGGAGCCUGGCAAGAAAAAGAAGGGCAUGCCAAAGAAGCCAUCCGAUGAGCCACAUGUGCGGAAAGAACCUGAGAUGGUCAUCAUCACUGAAGUGACUCGCAUCAUCGAGGAAGGUAAGAAGGAGCCAGCAUUCCCUGGAGAACCUGGUGCUGAAACACAAGGGCCCAUCAAGCUUCCAAGCAGAGAGGGCACACCUGGAAAGGAGCCCACUCCGACUAUCUUUGGCUGGAAGGAGACACCAGAGAAGCCUGAAGCCGAUGACAAGGAGUCUGGCAAAAAAAAGAAGCGCAAGCCAAAGAAGCCAUUCGAUGAGCCACAUGACCAAAAAGAACCCGAAACAGUCAUCAUCACUGAAGUGACUCGCAUCAUCGAGGAAGAGCCCACCAAGCUUCCAAGCAGAGAGGGCACACCUGGAAAGGAGCCCUCUCCGACUAUCUUUGGCUGGAAGGAGACACCUCAGAAGCCUGAAGCCUAUAAUAAGGAGCCUGGCAACAAGCGCAAGCCAAAGAAGCCAUCCGAUGAGCCACAUGAGCAGAAAGAACCCGAAACGGUCAUCAUCACUGAAGUGACUCGCAUCAUCCAGGAAGGUAAGAAGGAGCCAGCAUUCCCUGGAGAACCUGGUGCUGAAACACAAGAGCCCACCAAGCUUCCAAGCAGAGAGGGCACACCUGGAAAGGAGCCCACUCCGACUAUCUUUGGCUAUAAGGAGACACCUGAGAAGCCAGAAGCCGAUGACAAGGAGCCUGGCAAGAAAAAGAAGGGCAAGCCAAAGAAGCCAUCCGACGAGCCACAUGAGCAGAAAGAACCAGAAACGGUCAUCAUCACUGAAGUGACUCGCAUCAUCGAGGAAGGUAAGAAGGAGCCAGCAUUCCCUGGAGAACCUGGUGCUGAAACGCAAGAGCACACCAUGCUUCCAAGCAGAGAGGGCACACCUGGAAAGCAGCCCACUCCGACUAUCUUUGGCUGGAAGGAGACACCUGAGAAGCCUGAAGCCGAUGACAAGGAGCCUGGCAAGAAGGGCAAGCCAAAGAAGCCAUCCGAUGAGCCACAUGAGCAGAAAGAACCCGAAACGGUCAGCAUCACUAAAGAGACUCGCAUCAUCGAGGAAGGUAAGAAGGAGCCAGCAUUCCCUGGAGAACCUUGUGCUGAAACGCAAGAGCCCACCAAGCUUCCAAGCAGAGAGGGCACACCUGGAAAGGAGCCCACUCCUACUAUCUUUGGCUGGAAGGAGGCACCUGAGAAGCCGGAAGCUGAUGACAAGGAGCCUGGCAAGAAAAAGAAGGGCAAGCCAGGGAAGCCAUCCGAUGAGCCACAUGAGCGGAAAGAACCCGAAACGGUCAUCAUCACUGAAGUGACUCGCAUCAUCGAGGAAGGUAAGAAAGAGCCAGCAUUCCCUGGAGAACCUGGUGCUGAAACACAAGAGCCCACCAAGCUUCCAAGCAGAGAGGGCACACCUCGAAAGGAGCCCACUCCGACUAUCUUUGGCUAUAAGGAGACACCUGAGAAGCCAGAAGCCGAUAACAAGGAGCCUGGCAAGAAAAAGAAGGGGAAGCCAAAGAAGCCAUCCGAUGAGCCACAUGAUCAGAAAGAACCCGAAACGGUCAUCAUCACUGAAGUGACUCGCAUCAUCGAAGAAGGUGAGAAGGAGCCAGCAUUCCCUGGAGAACCUGGUGCUGAAUCACAAAAGCCCACCAAGCUUCCAAGCAGAGUGGGCACACCUGGAAAGGAGCCCUCUCCGACUAUCUUUGGCUGGAAGGAGACACCUGAGAAGCCAGAAGCCGAUCACAAGGAACUUGGCAAGAAAAAGAAGGGCAAGCCACAGAAGACAUUUGACAAGCCACAUGACCAGAAAGAGCCUGAAAUAGUUAUCACUGAAGUGACUCGCAUCAUGCAGGAAGGUAAGAAGGAGCCAGCAUUCCCUGGAGAACCUGGUGCUGAAACACAAGAGCCCACCAAGCUUCCAAGCAAAGAGGGCACACCUAGAGAGGAGCCCACUCCGACUAUCUUUGGCUGUAAGGAGACACCUGAGAAGCCAGAAGCCGAUGACAAGGAGCCUGGCAAGAAAAAGAAGGGCAAGCCAAAGAAACCAUCCGAUGAGCUACAUGACCGGAAAGAACCCGAAACAGUCAUCAUCACUGAAGUGAGUCGCAUCAUCGAGGAAGGUAAGAAGGAGCCAGCAUUCCCUGGGGAACCUGGUGCUGAAACACAAGAGCCCACCAAGCUUCCAAGCAGAGAGGGCACACCUGGAAAGGAGCCCUCUCUUACUAUCUUUGGCUGGAAGGAGACACCUGAGAAGCCUGAAGCCAAUGACAAGGAGCCUGGCAAGCAAAAGAAGGGCAAGCCGAAGAAGCGAUCCGAUGAGCCACAUGAUCAGAAAGAACCCGAAACGGUCAUCAUCACUGAAGUGGCUCGCAUCAUCGAGGAAGGUCAGCAGGAGCCAGCAUUCCCUGGAGAACCUGGUGCUGAAACACAAGAGCCCACCAAGCUUCCAAGCAGAGAGGGCACACCUGGAAAGGAGCCCACACCGACAAUCUUUGGCUGGAAGGAGACACCAGAGAAGCCAGAUGCCGAUGGCAAGGAGCUUGGCAAGAAAAAGAAGGGCAAGCCAAAGAAGCCAUCCGAUGAGCCACAUGACCGGAAAGAACCCGAAACGGUCAUCAUCACUGAAGUGACUCGCAUCAUCGAGGAAGGCAAGAAGGAGCCAGCAUUCCCUGGAGAACCUGGUGCUGAAUCACAAGAGCCCACCAAGCUUCCAAGCAGAGAGGGCACACCUGGAAAGAAGCCCUCUCCGACUAUCUUUGGCUGGAAGGAGACACCUGAGAAGCCUGAAGCCGAUGACAAGGAGCCUGGCAAGAAAAAGAAGGGCAAGCCAAAGAAGCCAUCCGAUGAGCCACACGAGCGGAUAGAACCCGAAACGGUCAUCAUCACUGAAGUGACUCGCAUCAUCCAGGAAGGUGAAAAGUUAAUUGGGUUGCCUGGAGAGGCUAAAGUUGAGAUGCAAGAGCCUACCGAGCUUCCAAGCAGAGAAGGCACACCUAGAAAGGAGCCUACGUCGACUGUCUUUGGCUGGAAGGAGACACCUGUGAAGCCAGAACAUGAAGACAAGGAGCCUGGCAAGAAAAAGAAGGGCAAGCCAAGGAAGCCAUCCGAUGAGCCACAUGACCUGAAAGAACCCGAAACGGUCAUCAUCACUGAAGUGACUCGCAUCAUCGAGGAAGGUAAGAAGGAGCCAGCAUUCCCUGGAGAACCUGGUGCUGAAACACAAGAGCCCACCAAGCUUCCAAGCAGAGAGGGCACACCUGGAAAGGAGCCUACUCCGACAAUCUUUGGCUGGAAGGAGACACCUGAGAAGCCUAAAGCCGAUGACAAGAAGCCUGGCAAGAAAAAGAAGGGCAAGCCAAAUCAGCCAUACGAUGAGCCACACGAGCGGAAAGAAACCGAAACGGUCAUCAUCACUGAAGUGACUCGCAUCAUCGAGGAAGGUAAGAAGGAGCCAGCAUUCCCUGGAGAACCUGGUGCUGAAACACAAGAGCUCACCAAGCUUCCAAGCAGAGAGGGCACACCUGGAAAGGAGCCCACUCUAACUAUCGUUGGCUGGAAGGAAACCCCUGAGAAGCCUGAAGCCGAUGACAAGGAGCCUGGCAAGAAAAAGAAGGGCAAGCCAAAGAAGCCAUCCGAUGAGCCACAUGACCAGAAAGAACCCGAAACGGUCAUCAUCACUGAAGUGACUCGCAUCAUCGAGGAAGGUAAGAAAGAGCCAGCAUUCCCUGGGGAACCUGGUGCUGAAACACAAGAGCCCACCAAACUUCCAAGCAGAGAGGGCAUACCUGGAAAGGAGCCCUCUCCGACUAUCUUUGGCUGGAAGGAGACAGCUGAAAAGCCAGAAGCCGAUGACAAGGAGCCUGGCAAGAAAAAGAAGGGCAAGCCGAAGAAGCCAUCCGAUGAGCCACAUGAUCAGAAAGAACCCGAAACGGUCAUCAUCACUGAAGUGACUCGCAUCAUCGAGGAAGGUGAGAAGCAGCCAGCAUUCCCUGGAGAACCUGGUGCUGAAUCACAAGAGCCCACCAAGCUUCCAAGCAGAGAGGGCACACCUGGAAAGGAGCCCUCUCCGACUAUCUUUGGCUGGAAGGAGACACCUGAGAAGCCUGAAGCCGAUGAUAAGGAGCCUCGCAAGAAGCGCAAGCCAAGGAAGCCAACCGAUGAACCACAUGAGCGGAAAGAACCCGAAACGGUCAUCAUCACUGAAGUGACUCGCAUCAUCGAGGAAGGUGAGAAGGAGCCAGCAUUCUCUGGAGAACCUGGUGCUGAAACACAAGAGCCCACCAAGCUUCCAAGCAGAGAAGGCACACCUGGAAAGGAGCCCUCUCCGACAAUCUUUGGCUGGAAGGAGACACCUGAGAAGCCAGAAGCCGAUGACAAGGAACUUGGCAAGAAAGAAAAGGGCAAGCCAGAGAAGCCAUUUGACAAGCCACAUGACCAGAAAGAACCUGAAACAGUUAUCAUCAAUGAAGUGACUCGCAUCAUCCAGGAAAGUGAAAAGUUAACUGGGUUGCCUGGAGAGGCUAAAGUUGAAAUGCAAGAGCCUACCGAGCUUCCAAGCAGAGAAGGCACACCUGGAAAGGAGCCCACGUCGACUGUCUUUGGCUGGAAGGAGACAUCUGUGAAGCCAGAAGCCGAUGACAAAGAGCCUGGCAAGAAAAAGAAGGGCAAGCCAAAGAAGCCAUCCGAUGAGCCACAUGACCAGAAAGAACCCGAAACGGUCAUCAUCACUGAAGUGACUCGCAUCAUCGAGGAAGGUAAGAAGGAGCCAGCAUUUCCUGGAGAACCUGGUGCGGAAGCACAAGAGCCCACCAAGCUUCCAUGCAGAGAGGGCACACCUGGAAAGGAGCCCACUCCGACAAUCUUUGGCUGGAAGGAGACACCUGAGAAGCCUGAAGCCGAUGACAAGGAGCCUGGCAAGAAAAAGAAGGGCAAGCCAAAGAAGCCAUCCGAUGAGCCACAUGACCGGAAAGAAGCCGAAACAGUCAUCAUCACUGAAGUGACUCGCAUCAUCGAGGAAGGCAUGAAGGAGCCAGCAUUCCCUGGGGAACCUGGUGCUGAAACACAAGAGCCCACCAAGCUUCCAAGCAGAGAGGGCACACCUGGAAAGGAGCCCACUCCAACUAUCUUUGGCUGGAAGGAGACACCUGAGAAGCCUGAAGCCGAUGACAAGGAGCCUGGCAAGAAAAAGAAGGGCAAGCCGAAGAAGCCAUCCGAUGAGCCACAUGAUCAGAAAGAACCCGAAACGGUCAUCAUCACUGAAGUGACUCGCAUCAUCGAGGAAGGUGAGAAGGAGCCAGCAUUCCCUGGAGAACCUGGUGCUGAAUCACAAGAGCCCACCAAGCUUCCAAGCAGAGAGGGCACACCUGGAAAGGAGCCCUCUCCGACUAUCUUUGGCUGGAAGGAGACACCUGAGAAGCCUGAAGCCGAUGAUAAGGAGCCUGGCAAGAAGCGCAAGCCAAGGAAGCCAUCCGAUGAGCCACAUGAGCGGAAAGAACCCGAAACGGUCAUCAUCACUGAAGUGACUCGCAUCAUCCAGGAAGGUGAAAAGUUAACUGGGUUGCCUGGAGAGGCUAAAGUUGAAAUGCAAGAGCCUACCGAGCUUCCAAGCAGAGAAGGCACACCUGGAAAGGAGCCCACGUCGACUGUCUUUGGCUGGAAGGAGACAUCUGUGAAGCCGGAACAUGAAGACAAGGAGCCUGGCAAGAAAAAGAAGGGCAAGCCAAAGAAGCCAUCUGAUGAGCCACAUGACUUGAAAGAACCCGAAACGGUCAUCAUCACUGAAGUGACUCGCAUCAUCGAGGAAGGCAAGAAGGAGCCAGCAUUCCCUGGACAACCUGGUGCUGAAACACAAGAGCCCACCAAGCUUCCAAGCAGAGACGGCACACCUGGAAAGGAGCCCACUCCGACAAUCCUUGGCUGGAAGGAGACACCAGAGAAGCCAGAAGCCGAUGACAAGGAGCCUGGCAAGAAAAAGAAGGGCAAGCCAAAGAAGCCAUCCGAUGAGCCACAUGACCAGAAAGAACCCGAAACGGUCAUCAUCACUGAAGUGACUCGCAUCAUCCAGGAAGGCAAGAAGGAGCCAGCAUUCCCUGGAGAACCUGGUGCUGAAACACAAGAGCCCACCAAGCUUCCAAGUAGAGAGGGCACACCUGGAAAGGAGCCCACUCCGACAAUCUUUGGCUGGAAGGAGACACCAGAGAAGCCAGAAGCCGAUGACAAGGAUCCUGGCAAGAAAAAGAAGGGCAAGCCAAUGAAGCCAUCCGAUGAGCCACAUGACCGGAAAGAAGCCGAAACAGUCAUCAUCACUGAAGUGACUCGCAUCAUCGAGGAAGGCAUGAAGGAGCCAGCAUUCCCUGGGGAACCUGGUGCUGAAACACAAGAGCCCACCAAGCUUCCAAGCAGAGAGGGCACACCUGGAAAGGAGCCCACUCCAACUAUCUUUGGCUGGAAGGAGACACCUGAGAAGCCUGAAGCCGAUGACAAGGAGCCUGGCAAGAAAAAGAAGGGCAAGCCGAAGAAGCCAUCCGAUGAGCCACAUGAUCAGAAAGAACCCGAAACGGUCAUCAUCACUGAAGUGACUCGCAUCAUCGAGGAAGGUGAGAAGGAGCCGGCAUUUCCUGGAGAACCUGGUGCUGAAACACAAGAGCCCACCAAGCUUCCAAGCAGAGAGGGCACACCUGGAAAGGAGCCCACACCGACAAUCUUUGGCUGGAAAGAGACACCAGAGAAGCCAGAUGCCGAUGGCAAGGAGCCUGGCAAGAAAAAGAAGGGCAAGCCAAAGAAGCCAUCUGAUGAGCUACAUGACCGGAAAGAACCCGAAACGGUCAUCAUCACUGAAGUGACUCGCAUCAUCGAGGAAGGCAAGAAGGAGCCAGCAUUCCCUGGAGAACCUGGUGCUGAAACACAAGAGCCCACCAAGCUUCCAAGCAGAGAGGGCACACCUGGAAAGGAGCCCACUCCGACAACCUUUGGCUGGAAGCAGACACCAGAGAAGCCAGAAUCCGAUGACAAGGAUCCUGGCAAGAAAAAGAAGGGCAAGCCAAAGAAGAUAUCCGAUGAGCCACAUGACCAGAAAGAACCCGAAACGGUCAUCAUCACUGAAGUGACUCGCAUCAUCGAGGAAGGCAAGAAGGAGCCAGCAUUCCCUGGAGAACCUGGUGCUGAAUCACAAGAGCCCACCAAGCUUCCAAGCAGAGAGGGCACACCUGGAAAGGAGCCCUCUCCGACUAUCUUUGGCUGGAAGGAGACACCUGAGAAGCCUGAAGCCGAUGUUAAGGAGCCUGGCAAGAAGCGCAAGCCAAGGAAGCCAUCCGAUGAGCCACAUGAGCGGAAAGAACCCGAAACGGUCAUCAUCACUGAAGUGACUCGCAUCAUCCAGGAAGGUGAAAAGUUAACUGGGUUGCCUGGAGAGGCUAAAGUUGAAAUGCAAGAGCCUACCGAGCUUCCAAGCAGAGAAGGCACACCUGGAAAGGAGCCCACGUCGACUGUCUUUGGCUGGAAGGAGACAUCUGUGAAGCCGGGACAUGAAGACAAGGAGCCUGGUAAGAAAAAGAAGGGCAAGCCAAAGAAGCCAUCCGAUGAGCCACAUGAGCAGAAAGAACCUGAAACGGUUAUCAUCACCGAUGUGACUCGCAUCAUCGAGGAAGGUAAGAAGGAGCCAGCAUUCCCUCGAGAACCUGGUGCUGAAACGCAAGAGCCCACCAAGCUUCCAAGCAGAGAGGGCACACCUGGAAAGGAGCCCACUCCGACUAUCUUUCGCUGGAAGGAGACACCUGAGAAGCUGGAAGCUGAUGACAAGGAGCCUGGCAAGAAAAAGAAGGGCAAGCCAAAGAAGCCCUCUGAUGAGCCACAUGACCUGAAAGAACCCGAAACGGUCAUCAUCACUGAAGUGACUCACAUCACCGAGGAAGGCAAGAAGGAGCCAGCAUUCCCUGGACAACCUGGUGCUGAAACACAAGAGCCCACCAAGCUUCCAAGCAGAGAGGGCACACCUGGAAAGGAGCGCACUCCGACAAUCUUUGGCUGGAAGCAGACACCAGAGAAGCCAGAAGCCGAUGACAAGGAUCCUGGCAAGAAAAAGAAGGGCAAGCCAAAGAAGAUAUCCGAUGAGCCACAUGACCAGAAAGAACCCGAAACGGUCAUCAUCACUGAAGUGACUCGCAUCAUCGAGGAAGGCAAGAAGGAGCCAGCAUUCCCUGGAGAACCUGGUGCUGAAUCACAAGAGCCCACCAAGCUUCCAAGCAGAGAGGGCACACCUGGAAAGGAGCCCUCUCCGACUAUCUUUGGCUGGAAGGAGACACCUGAGAAGCCUGAAGCCGAUGAUAAGGAGCCUGGCAAGAAGCGCAAGCCAAGGAAGCCAUCCGAUGAGCCACAUGAGCGGAAAGAACCCGAAACGGUCAUCAUCACUGAAGUGACUCGCAUCAUCCAGGAAGGUGAAAAGUUAACUGGGUUGCCUGGAGAGGCUAAAGUUGAAAUGCAAGAGCCUACCGAGCUUCCAAGCAGAGAAGGCACACCUGGAAAGGAGCCCACGUCGACUGUCUUUGGCUGGAAGGAGACAUCUGUGAAGCCGGAACAUGAAGACAAGGAGCCUGGCAAGAAAAAGAAGGGCAAGCCAAAGAAGCCAUCUGAUGAGCCACAUGACCUGAAAGAACCCGAAACGGUCAUCAUCACUGAAGUGACUCGCAUCAUCGAGGAAGGCAAGAAGGAGCCAGCAUUCCCUGGACAACCUGGUGCUGAAACACAAGAGCCCACCAAGCUUCCAAGCAGAGACGGCACACCUGGAAAGGAGCCCACUCCGACAAUCCUUGGCUGGAAGGAGACACCAGAGAAGCCAGAAGCCGAUGACAAGGAGCCUGGCAAGAAAAAGAAGGGCAAGCCAAAGAAGCCAUCUGAUGAGCCACAUGACCUGAAAGAACCCGAAACGGUCAUCAUCACUGAAGUGACUCGCAUCAUCGAGGAAGGCAAGAAGGAGCCAGCAUUCCCUGGACAACCUGGUGCUGAAACACAAGAGCCCACCAAGCUUCCAAGCAGAGAGGGCACACCUGGAAAGGAGCCCACUCCGACAAUCCUUGACUGGAAGGAGACACCAGAGAAGCCAGAAGCCGAUGACAAGGAGCCUGGCAAGAAAAAGAAGGGCAAGCCAAAGAAGCCAUCCGAUGAGCCACAUGACCAGAAAGAACCCGAAACGGUCAUCAUCACUGAAGUGACUCGCAUCAUCCAGGAAGGCAAGAAGGAGCCAGCAUUCCCUGGAGAACCUGGUGCUGAAACACAAGAGCCCACCAAGCUUCCAAGCAGAGAGGGCACACCUGGAAAGCAGCCCACUCCGACAAUCUUUGGCUGGAAGGAGACACCUGAGAAGCCAGAAGCCGAUGACAAGGAGCCUGGCAAGAAAAAGAAGGGCAAGCCAAAGAAGCCAUCUGAUGAGCCACAUGACCUGAAAGAACCCGAAACGGUCAUCAUCACUGAAGUGACUCGCAUCAUCGAGGAAGGCAAGAAGGAGCCAGCGUUCCCUGGAGAACCUGGUGCUAAAACACAUGAGCCCACCAAGCUUCCAAGCAGAGAGGGCACACCUGGAAAGGAGCCCACUCCAACUAUCUUUGGCUGGAAGGAGACACCUGAGAAGCCGGAAGCUGAUGACAAGGAGCCUGGUAAGAAAAAGAAGGGCAAGCCAAAGAAGCCAUCCGAUGAGGCACAUAACCGGAAAGAACCCGAAAUGGUCAUCAUCACUGAAGUGACUCGCAUCAUUAAGGAAGGCGAGAAGGAGCCCGGGCUUCCUGGAGAGCCUGGUGCUGAAACACAAGAGUUCACCAAGCUUCCAAGCAGAGAGGGUACACCUGGAAAGGAGGCCACUCCGACUAUCUUUGGCUGGAAGGAGACACCUGAGGAGCCAGAAGCCGAUGACAACGAGCCUGGCAAGAAAAAGAAGGGCAAGCCAAAGAAGCCAUCCGAUGAGCCACAUGAGCAGAAAGAAUCCGAAACAGUCAUCAUCACUGAAGUGACUCGCAUCAUUGAGGAAGGUGAGAAGGAGCCAGCAUUCCCUGGAGAACCUGGUGCUAAAACUCAAGAGCCCACCAAGCUUCCAAGCAGAGAGGUCACACCUGCAAAGGAGCCCUCUCCGACUAUCUUUGGCUGGAAGGAAACACCUGAGAAGCCAGAAGCCGAUGACGAGGAACCUGGCAAGAAAAAGAAGGGCAAGCCAAAGAAGCCAUCAGAUGAGCCACAUGAGCAGAAAGAACCUGAAACGGUUAUCAUCACCGAUGUGACUCGCAUCAUCGAGGAAGGUAAGAAGGAGCCAGCAUUCCCUGGAGAACCUGGUGCUGAAACGCAAGAGCCCACCCAGCUUCCAAACAGAGAGGGCACACCUGGAAAGGAACCCACUCCGACUAUCUUUGGCUGGAAGGAGACACCUGAGAAGCCGGAAGCUGAUGACAAGGAGCCUGGCAAGAAAAAGAAGAGCGAACCAGAGAAGCCAUCCGAUCAGCCACAUGACCAAAAAGAACCCGAAAUGGUCAUCAUCACUGAAGUGACUCGCAUCAUUAAGGAAAGCGAGAAGGAGCCAGGGCUCCCUGGAGAACCUGGUGCUGAAACACAAGAGCCCACCUUGCUUCCAAGCAGAGAGGGCACACCUGGAAAGGAACCCUCUCCGACUGUCUUUGGCUGGAAGGAGACACCUGAGAAGCCAGAAGCCGAUGACAAGGAACUUAGCAAGAAAAAGAAGGGCAAGCCAGAGAGGGCAUUUGACAAGCCACUUGAGCAGAAAGAACCCGAAACGGUCAUCAUCACUGAAGUGACUCGCAUCAUCAAGGAAGGUAAGAAGGAGCCAGCAUUUCCUGGAGAACCUGGUGCUGAAAUGCAAGAGCUCAGCAAGCUUCCAAGCAGAGAAGGCACACCUGGAAAGGUGCCCACGUCGGCUAUCUUUGGCUGGAAGGAAACACCUGUGAAGCCUGAAGCCGAUGACAAGGAGCCUGGCAAGAAAAUGAAAGGCAAGCCAAAGAAGCCAUCCGAUGAGCCACACGAGCGGAAAGAACCCGAAACGGUCAUCAUCACUGAAGUGACUCGCAUCAUCGAGGAAGGCAAGAAGGAGCCAGCAAUCCCUGGAGAACCUGGUGCUGAAUCACAAGAGCCCACCAAGCUUCCAAGCAGAGAGGGCACACCUGGAAAGGAGCCCUCUCCGACUAUCUUUGGCUGGAAGGAGACACCUGAGAAGCCUGAAGCCGAUGACAAGGAGCCUGGCAAGAAAAAGAAGGGCAAGCCAAAGAAGCCAUCCGAUGAGCCACACGAGCGGAAAGAACCCGAAACGGUCAUCAUCACUGAAGUGACUCGCAUCAUCGAGGAAGGCAAGAAGGAGCCAGCAUUGCCUGGAGAACCUGGUGCUGAAACACAAGAGCCCACCAAGCUUCCAAGCAGAGAGGGCACACCUGGAAAGGAGCCCACUCCGACAAUCUUUGGCUGGAAGGAGACACCAGAGAAGCCAGAAGCCGAUGACAAGGAGCCUGGCAAGAAAAAGAAGGGCAAGCCAAAUAAGCAAUCCGAUGAGCCAGAUGACCAGAAAGAACCCGAAACGGUCAUCAUCACUGAAGUGACUCGCAUCAUCCAGGAAGGCAAGAAGGAGCCAGCAUUCCCUGGAGAACCUGGUGCUGAAACACAAGAGCCCACCAAGCUUCCAAGCAGAGAGGGCACACAUGGAAAGGAGCCCACUCCGACAAUCUUCGGCUGGAAGGAGACACCAGAGAAGCCAGAAGCCGAUGACAAGGAGCCUGGCAAGAAAAAGAAGGGCAAGCCAAAGAAGCCAUCCGAUGAGCCACAUGAUGAGAAAGAACCCGAUACGGUCAUUAUCACUGAAGUGACUCGCAUCAUCGAGGAAGGUGAGAAGGAGCCAACAUUCCCUGGACAACCUGGUGCUGAAUCACAAGAGCCCACCAAGCUUCCAAGCAGAGAGGGCACACCUGGAAAGGAGCCCUCUCCGACUAUCUUUGGCUGGAAGGAGACACCUGAGAAGCCUGAAGCCGAUGACAAGGAGCCUGGCAAGAAAAAGAAGGGCAAGCCAAAGAAGCCAUCCGAUGAGCCACACGAGCGGAAAGAACCCGAAACGGUCAUCAUCACUGAAGUGACUCGCAUCAUCGAGGAAGGCAAGAAGGAGCCAGCAUUGCCUGGAGAACCUGGUGCUGAAACACAAGAGCCCACCAAGCUUCCAAGCAGAGAGGGCACACCUGGAAAGGAGCCCUCUCCGACUAUCUUUGGCUGGAAGGAGACACCUGAGAAGCCUGAAGCCGAUGAUAAGGAGCCUGGCAAGAAGCGCAAGUCAAGGAAGCCAUCCGAUGAGCCACAUGAGCGGAAGGAACCCGAAACGGUCAUCAUCACUGAAGUGACUCGCAUCGUCGAGGAAGGUAAGAAGGAGCCAGCAUUCCCUGGAGAACCUGGUGCUGAAACACAAGAGCCCACCAAGCUUCCAAGCAGAGAAGGCACACCUGGAAAGGAGCCCCCUCCGACAAUCUUUGGCUGGAAGGAGACACCUCAGAAGCCAGAAGCCGAUGACAAGGAACUUGGCAAGAAAGAGAAGGGCAAGCCAGAGAAGCCAUUUGACAAGCCACAUGACCAGAAAGGACCUGAAACAGUUAUCAUCACUGAAGUGACUCGCAUCAUCCAGGAAGGUGAAGAGUUAACUGGGUUGCCUGGAGAGGCCAAAGUUGAAAUGCAAGAGCCUACUGAGCUUCCAAGCAGAGAAGGCACACCUGGAAAGGAGCCCACGUCGACUGUCUUUGGCUGGAAGGAGACAUCUGUGAAGCCGGAACAUGAAGACAAGGAGCCUGGUAAGAAAAAGAAGGCCAAGCCAAAGAAGCGAUCCGAUGAGCCACGUGAGCAGAAAGAACCCGAAACAGUCAUCAUCACUGAAGUGACUCGCAUCAUCGAGGAAGGUAAGAAGGAGCCAGCAUUCCCUGGAGAACCUGGUGCUGAAACGCAAGAGCUCACCAAGCUUCCAAGCAGGGAAGGCACACCUGCAAAGGAGCCCACUCCGACAAUCUUUGGCUGGAAGGAGACACCAGAGAAGCUAGAAGCCGACGACAAGGAGCCUGGCAAGAAAAAGAAGGGCAAGCCAAAGAAGCCAUCCCAUGAGCCACAUGAGCAGAAAGAACCCGAAACGGUCAUCAUCACUGAAGUGACUCGCAUCAUUGAGGAAGGUGAGAAAGAGCCAGAAUUCCCUGGAGAACCUGGUGCUAAAACACAUGAGCCCACCAAGCUUCCAAGCAGAGAGGGCACACCUGGAAAGGAGCCCACUCCGGCUAUCUUUGGCUGGAAGGAGACACCUGAGAAGCCGGAAGCUGAUGACAAGGAGCCUGGCAAGAAAAAGAAGGGCGAACCAGAGAAGCCAUCCGAUCAGCCACAUGACCAAAAAGAACCCGAAAUGGUCAUUAUCACUGAAGUGACUCGCAUCAUUAAGGAAAGCGAGAAGGAGCCAGGGCUCCCUGGAGAACCUGGUGCUGAAACACAAGAGCCCACCUUGCUUCCAAGCAGAGAGGGCACACCUGGAAAGGAACCCUCUCCGACUGUCUUUGGCUGGAAGGAGGCACCUGAGAAGCCAGAAGACGAUGACAAGGAACUUAGCAAGAAAAAGAAGGGCAAGACAGAGAAGGCAUUUGACAAGCCACAUGACCAGAAAGAACCUGAAACAGUUAUCAUCACUGAAGUGACUCGCAUCAUCGAGGAAGGUAAGAAGGAGCCAGCAUUCCCUGGAGAACCUGGUGCUGAAACACAAGAGCUCAGCAAGCUUCCAAGCAGAGAAGGCACACCUGGAAAGGUGCCCACGUCGGCUAUCUUUGGCUGGAAGGACACACCUGUGAAGCCAGAACAUGAAGGCAAGGAGCCUGGUAAGAAAAAGAAGGGCAAGCCAAUGAAGCCAUCCGAUGAGUCACACGAGCGGAAAGAACCCGAAACGGUCAUCAUCACUGAAGUGACUCGCAUCAUCGAGGAAGGCAAGAAGGAGCCAGCAUUGCCUGGAGAACCUGGUGCUGAAACACAAGAGCCCACCAAGCUUCCAAGCAGAGAGGGCACACCUGGAAAGGAGCCCACUCCGACAAUCUUUGGCUGGAAGGAGACACCAGAGAAGCCAGAAGCCGAUGACAAGGAGCCUGGCAAGAAAAAGAAGGGCAAGCCGAAGAAGCCAUCCGAUGAGCCACAUGAUGAGAAAGAACCCGAUACGGUCAUUAUCACUGAAGUGACUCGCAUCAUCGAGGAAGGUGAGAAGGAGCCAACAUUCCCUGGACAACCUGGUGCUGAAUCACAAGAGCCCACCAAGCUUCCAAGCAGAGAGGGCACACCUGGAAAGGAGCCCUCUCCGACUAUCUUUGGCUGGAAGGAGACACCUGAGAAGCCUGAAGCCGAUGACAAGGAGCCUGGCAAGAAAAAGAAGGGCAAGCCAAAGAAGCCAUCCGAUGAGCCACACGAGCGGAAAGAACCCGAAACGGUCAUCAUCACUGAAGUGACUCGCAUCAUCGAGGAAGGCAAGAAGGAGCCAGCAUUGCCUGGAGAACCUGGUGCUGAAACACAAGAGCCCACCAAGCUUCCAAGCAGAGAGGGCACACCUGGAAAGGAGCCCUCUCCGACUAUCUUUGGCUGGAAGGAGACACCUGAGAAGCCUGAAGCCGAUGAUAAGGAGCCUGGCAAGAAGCGCAAGUCAAGGAAGCCAUCCGAUGAGCCACAUGAGCGGAAGGAACCCGAAACGGUCAUCAUCACUGAAGUGACUCGCAUCGUCGAGGAAGGUAAGAAGGAGCCAGCAUUCCCUGGAGAACCUGGUGCUGAAACACAAGAGCCCACCAAGCUUCCAAGCAGAGAAGGCACACCUGGAAAGGAGCCCCCUCCGACAAUCUUUGGCUGGAAGGAGACACCUGAGAAGCCAGAAGCCGAUGACAAGGAACUUGGCAAGAAAGAGAAGGGCAAGCCAGAGAAGCCAUUUGACAAGCCACAUGACCAGAAAGAACCUGAAACAGUUAUCAUCACUGAAGUGACUCGCAUCAUCCAGGAAGGUGAAAAGUUAACUGGGUUGCCUGGAGAGGCUAAAGUUGAAAUGCAAGAGCCUACUGAGCUUCCAAGCAGAGAAGGCACACCUGGAAAGGAGCCCACGUCGACUGUCUUUGGCUGGAAGGAGACAUCUGUGAAGCCGGAACAUGAAGACAAGGAGCCUGGUAAGAAAAAGAAGGCCAAGCCAAAGAAGCCAUCCGAUGAGCCACGUGAGCAGAAAGAACCCGAAACAGUCAUCAUCACUGAAGUGACUCGCAUCAUCGAGGAAGGUAAGAAGGAGCCAGCAUUCCCUGGAGAACCUGGUGCUGAAACGCAAGAGCUCACCAAGCUUCCAACCAGGGAAGGCACACCUGCAAAGGAGCCCACUCCGACAAUCUUUGGCUGGAAGGAGACACCAGAGAAGCUAGAAGCCGACGACAAGGAGCCUGGCAAGAAAAAGAAGGGCAAGCCAAAGAAGCCAUCCCAUGAGCCACAUGAGCAGAAAGAACCCGAAACGGUCAUCAUCACUGAAGUGACUCGCAUCAUUGAGGAAGGUGAGAAAGAGCCAGAAUUCCCUGGAGAACCUGGUGCUAAAACACAUGAGCCCACCAAGCUUCCAAGCAGAGAGGGCACACCUGGAAAGGAGCCCACUCCGGCUAUCUUUGGCUGGAAGGAGACACCUGAGAAGCCGGAAGCUGAUGACAAGGAGCCUGGCAAGAAAAAGAAGGGCGAACCAGAGAAGCCAUCCGAUCAGCCACAUGACCAAAAAGAACCCGAAAUGGUCAUUAUCACUGAAGUGACUCGCAUCAUUAAGGAAAGCGAGAAGGAGCCAGGGCUCCCUGGAGAACCUGGUGCUGAAACACAAGAGCCCACCUUGCUUCCAAGCAGAGAGGGCACACCUGGAAAGGAACCCUCUCCGACUGUCUUUGGCUGGAAGGAGGCACCUGAGGAGCCAGAAGACGAUGACAAGGAACUUAGCAAGAAAAAGAAGGGCAAGCCAGAGAAGGCAUUUGACAAGCCACAUGACCAGAAAGAACCUGAAACAGUUAUCAUCACUGAAGUGACUCGCAUCAUCGAGGAAGGUAAGAAGGAGCCAGCAUUCCCUGGAGAACCUGGUGCUGAAACACAAGAGCUCAGCAAGCUUCCAAGCAGAGAAGGCACACCUGGAAAGGUGCCCACGUCGGCUAUCUUUGGCUGGAAGGAGACACCUGUGAAGCCAGAACAUGAAGGCAAGGAGCCUGGUAAGAAAAAGAAGGGCAAGCCAAUGAAGCCAUCCGAUGAGCCACACGAGCGGAAAGAACCCGAAACGGUCAUCAUCACUGAAGUGACUCGCAUCAUCGAGGAAGGCAAGAAGGAGCCAGCAUUGCCUGGAGAACCUGGUGCUGAAACACAAGAGCCCACCAAGCUUCCAAGCAGAGAGGGCACACCUGGAAAGGAGCCCACUCCGACAAUCUUUGGCUGGAAGGAGACACCAGAGAAGCCAGAAGCCGAUGACAAGGAGCCUGGCAAGAAAAAGAAGGGCAAGGCAAAGAAGCAAUCCGAUGAGCCAGAUGACCAGAAAGAACCCGAAACGGUCAUCAUCACUGAAGUGACUCGCAUCAUCCAGGAAGGCAAGAAGGAGCCAGCAUUCCCUGGAGAACCUGGUGCUGAAACACAAGAGCCCACCAAGCUUCCAAGCAGAGAGGGCACACCUGGAAAGGAGCCCACUCCGACAAUCUUUGGCUGGAAGGAGACACCAGAGAAGCCAGAAGCCGGUGACAAGGAGCCUGGCAAGAAAAAGAAGGGCAAGCCGAAGAAGCCAUCCGAUGAGCCACAUGAUGAGAAAGAACCCGAUACGGUCAUUAUCACUGAAGUGACUCGCAUCAUCGAGGAAGGUGAGAAGGAGCCAACAUUCCCUGGACAACAUGGUGCUGAAUCACAAGAGCCCACCAAGCUUCCAAGCAGAGAGGGCACACCUGGAAAGGAGCCCUCUCCGACUAUCUUUGGCUGGAAGGAGACACCUGAGAAGCCUGAAGCCGAUGAUAAGGAGCCUGGCAAGAAGCGCAAGUCAAGGAAGCCAUCCGAUGAGCCACAUGAGCAGAAAGAACCCGAAACGGUCAUCAUCACUGAAGUGACUCGCAUCGUCGAGGAAGGUAAGAAGGAGCCAGCAUUCCCUGGAGAACCUGGUGCUGAAACACAACAGCCCACCAAGCUUCCAAGCAGAGAAGGCACACCUGGAAAGGUGCCCCCUCCGACAAUCUUUGGCUGGAAGGAGACACCUGAGAAGCCAGAAGCCGAUGACAAGGAACUUGGCAAGAAAGAGAAGGGCAAGCCAGAGAAGCCAUUUGACAAGCCACAUGACCAGAAAGAACCUGAAACAGUUAUCAUCACUGAAGUGACUCGCAUCAUCGAGGAAGGUAAGAAGGAGCCAGCAUUCCCUGGAGAACCUGGUGCUGAAACACAAGAGCUCAGCAAGCUUCCAAGCAGAGAAGGCACACCUGGAAAGGUGCCCACGUCGGCUAUCUUUGGCUGGAAGGAGACACCAGAGAAGCCAGAAGCCGAUGACAAGGAGCCUGGCAAGAAAAAGAAGGGCAAGCCAAAGAAGCAAUCCGAUGAGCCAGAUGACCAGAAAGAACCCGAAACGGUCAUCAUCACUGAAGUGACUCGCAUCAUCCAGGAAGGCAAGAAGGAGCCAGCAUUCCCUGGAGUACCUGGUGCUGAAACACAAGAGCCCACCAAGCUUCCAAGCAGAGAGGGCACACCUGGAAAGGAGCCCACUCCGACAAUCUUUGGCUGGAAGGAGACACCUGAGAAGCCGGAAGCUGAUGACAAGGAGCCUGGCAAGAAAAAGAAGGGCGAACCAGAGAAGCCAUCCGAUCAGCCACAUGACCAAAAAGAACCCGAAAUGGUCAUUAUCACUGAAGUGACUCGCAUCAUUAAGGAAAGCGAGAAGGAGCCAGGGCUCCCUGGAGAACCUGGUGCUGAAACACAAGAGCCCACCUUGCUUCCAAGCAGAGAGGGCACACCUGGAAAGGAACCCUCUCCGACUGUCUUUGGCUGGAAGGAGGCACCUGAGAAGCCAGAAGACGAUGACAAGGAACUUAGCAAGAAAAAGAAGGGCAAGCCAGAGAAGGCAUUUGACAAGCCACAUGACCAGAAAGAACCUGAAACAGUUAUCAUCACUGAAGUGACUCGCAUCAUCGAGGAAGGUAAGAAGGAGCCAGCAUUCCCUGGAGAACCUGGUGCUGAAACACAAGAGCUCAGCAAGCUUCCAAGCAGAGAAGGCACACCUGGAAAGGUGCCCACGUCGGCUAUCUUUGGCUGGAAGGAGACACCUGUGAAGCCAGAACAUGAAGGCAAGGAGCCUGGUAAGAAAAAGAAGGGCAAGCCAAUGAAGCCAUCCGAUGAGCCACACGAGCGGAAAGAACCCGAAACGGUCAUCAUCACUGAAGUGACUCGCAUCAUCGAGGAAGGCAAGAAGGAGCCAGCAUUGCCUGGAGAACCUGGUGCUGAAACACAAGAGCCCACCAAGCUUCCAAGCAGAGAGGGCACACCUGGAAAGGAGCCCACUCCGACAAUCUUUGGCUGGAAGGAGACACCAGAGAAGCCAGAAGCCGAUGACAAGGAGCCUGGCAAGAAAAAGAAGGGCAAGGCAAAGAAGCAAUCCGAUGAGCCAGAUGACCAGAAAGAACCCGAAACGGUCAUCAUCACUGAAGUGACUCGCAUCAUCCAGGAAGGCAAGAAGGAGCCAGCAUUCCCUGGAGAACCUGGUGCUGAAACACAAGAGCCCACCAAGCUUCCAAGCAGAGAGGGCACACCUGGAAAGGAGCCCACUCCGACAAUCUUUGGCUGGAAGGAGACACCAGAGAAGCCAGAAGCCGGUGACAAGGAGCCUGGCAAGAAAAAGAAGGGCAAGCCGAAGAAGCCAUCCGAUGAGCCACAUGAUGAGAAAGAACCCGAUACGGUCAUUAUCACUGAAGUGACUCGCAUCAUCGAGGAAGGUGAGAAGGAGCCAACAUUCCCUGGACAACAUGGUGCUGAAUCACAAGAGCCCACCAAGCUUCCAAGCAGAGAGGGCACACCUGGAAAGGAGCCCUCUCCGACUAUCUUUGGCUGGAAGGAGACACCUGAGAAGCCUGAAGCCGAUGAUAAGGAGCCUGGCAAGAAGCGCAAGUCAAGGAAGCCAUCCGAUGAGCCACAUGAGCAGAAAGAACCCGAAACGGUCAUCAUCACUGAAGUGACUCGCAUCGUCGAGGAAGGUAAGAAGGAGCCAGCAUUCCCUGGAGAACCUGGUGCUGAAACACAACAGCCCACCAAGCUUCCAAGCAGAGAAGGCACACCUGGAAAGGAGCCCCCUCCGACAAUCUUUGGCUGGAAGGAGACACCUGAGAAGCCAGAAGCCGAUGACAAGGAACUUGGCAAGAAAGAGAAGUGCAAGCCAGAGAAGCCAUUUGACAAGCCACAUGACCAGAAAGAACCUGAAACAGUUAUCAUCACUGAAGUGACUCGCAUCAUCCAGGAAGGUGAAAAGUUAACUGGGUUGCCUGGAGAGGCUAAAGUUGAAAUGCAAGAGCCUACCGAGCUUCCAAGCAGAGAAGGCACACCUGGAAAGGAGCACACGUCGACUGUCUUUGGCUGGAAGGAGACAUCUGUGAAGCCGGAACAUGAAGACAAGGAGCCUGGUAAGAAAAAGAAGGGCAAGCCAAAGAAGCCAUCCGAUGAGCCACGUGAGCAGAGAGAACCCGAAACAGUCAUCAUCACUGAAGUGACUCACAUCAUCGAGGAAGGUAAGAAGGAGCCAGCAUUCCCUGGAGAACCUGGUGCUGAAACGCAAGAGCUCACCAAGCUUCCAAGCAGGGAAGGCACACCUGCAAAGGAGCCCACUCCGACAAUCUUUGGCUGGAAGGAGACACCAGAGAAGCUAGAAACCGACGACAAGGAGCCUGGCAAGAAAAAGAAGGGCAAGCCAAAGAAGCCAUCCCAUGAGCCACAUGAGCAGAAAGAACCCGAAACGGUCAUCAUUACUGAAGUGACUCGCAUCAUUGAGGAAGGUGAGAAAGAGCCAGAAUUCCCUGGAGAACCUGGUGCUAAAACACAUGAGCCCACCAAGCUUCCAAGCAGAGAGGGCACACCUGGAAAGGAGCCCACUCCGGCUAUCUUUGGCUGGAAGGAGACACCUGAGAAGCCAGAAGCCGAUGACAAGGAGCCUGGGAAGAAAAAGAAGGGCAAGCCAAAGAAGCCAUCCGAUGAGCCACAUGACCGGAAAGAACCCGAAAUGGUCAUCAUCACUGAAGUGACUCGCAUCAUUAAGGAAGGCGAGAAGGAGCCCGGGCUUCCUGGAGAGCCUGGUGCUGAAACACAAGAGUUCACCAAGCUUCCAAGCAGAGAGGGCACACCUGGAAAGGAGCCCACUCCAACUAUCUUUGGCUGGAAGGAGACACCUGAGAAGCCGGAAGCUGAUGACAAGGAGCCUGGCAAGAAAAAGAAGGGCAAGCCAAAGAAGCCAUCCGAUGAGCCACAUGACCGGAAAGAACCCGAAAUGGUCAUCAUCACUGAAGUGACUCGCAUCAUUAAGGAAGGCGAGAAGGAGCCCGGGCUUCCUGGAGAGCCUGGUGCUGAAACACAAGAGUUCACCAAGCUUCCAAGCAGAGAGGGUACACCUGGAAAGGAGCCCACUCCGACUAUCUUUGGCUGGAAGGAGACACCUGAGAAGCCAGAAGCCGAUGACAACGAGCCUGGCAAGAAAAAGAAGGGCAAGCCAAAGAAGCCAUCCGAUGAGCCACAUGAGCAGAAAGAAUCCGAAACGGUCAUCAUCACUGAAGUGACUCGCAUCAUUGAGGAAGGUGAGAAGGAGCCAGCAUUCCCUGGAGAACCUGGUGCUAAAACACAAGAGCCCACCAAGCUUCUAAGCAGAGAGGUCACACCUGCAAAGGAGCCCUCUCCGACUAUCUUUGGCUGGAAGGAAACAUCUGAGAAGCCAGAAGCCGAUGACGAGGAACCUGGCAAGAAAACGAAGGGCAAGCCAAAGAAGCCAUCCGAUGAGCCACAUGAGCAGAAAGAACCUGAAACGGUCAUCAUCACCGAUGUGACUUGCAUCAUCGAGGAAGGUAAGAAGGAGCCAGCAUUCCCUGGAGAACCUGGUGCUGAAACGCAAGAGCUCACCAAGCUUCCAAGCAGGGAAGGCACACCUGCAAAGGAGCCCACUCCGACAAUCUUUGGCUGGAAGGAGACACCAGAGAAGCUAGAAACCGACGACAAGGAGCCUGGCAAGAAAAAGAAGGGCAAGCCAAAGAAGCCAUCCCAUGAGCCACAUGAGCAGAAAGAACCCGAAACGGUCAUCAUUACUGAAGUGACUCGCAUCAUUGAGGAAGGUGAGAAAGAGCCAGAAUUCCCUGGAGAACCUGGUGCUAAAACACAUGAGCCCACCAAGCUUCCAAGCAGAGAGGGCACACUUGGAAAGGAGCCCACUCCGGCUAUCUUUGGCUGGAAGGAGACACCUGAGAAGCCAGAAGCCGAUGACAAGGAGCCUGGCAAGAAAAAGAAGGGCAAGCCAAAGAAGCCAUCCGAUGAGCCACAUGAGCAGAAAGAACCUGAAACGGUCAUCAUCACCGAUGUGACUCGCAUCAUCGAGGAAGGUAAGAAGGAGCCAGCGUUCCCUGGAGAACCUGGUGCUGAAACGCAAGAGCCCACCAAGCUUCCAAGCAGAGAGGGCACACCUGGAAAGGAGCCCACUUCAACUAUCUUUGGCUGGAAGGAGACACCUGAGAAGCCGGAAGCUGAUGACAAGGAGCCUGGCAAGAAAAAGAAGGCCAAGCCAAAGAAGCCAUCCGAUGAGCCACAUGAGUGGAAAGAACCCGAAACAGUUAUCAUCACUGAAGUGACUCGCAUCAUCCAGGAAGGUGAAAAGUUAAUUGGGUUGCCUGGAGAGGCCAAAGUUGAAAUGCAAGGGCCUACUGAGCUUCCAACCAGAGAAGGCACACCUGGAAAGGAGCCCACGUCGACUGUCUUUGGCUGGAAGGAGACACCUGUGAAGCCAGAACAUGAAGACAAGGAGCCUGGUAAGAAAAAGAAGGGCAAGCCAACGAAGCCAUCCGAUGAGCCACAUGACCAGAAAGAACCCGAAACGGUCAUCAUCACUGAAGUGACUUGCAUCAUUGAGGAAGGUAAGAAGGAGCCAGUAUUCCCUGGAGAACCUGGUGCUGAAACGCAAGAGCCCACCAAGCUUCCAAGCAGAGAGGGCACUACAAGAGAGGAGUCUACUGUGAUUAUUCUUUCUGGCUUGGAAAAGAGCCUUGGGGAGCCAGAGUGUAAGAAGGCAGAGCCUGCCUGGAAAGUUAAGCCAACAGACAUUCUAAAUAAGGAGAGUCCCACCCAAGCAAGCAUCACCACUGAUGUAUCUUGCAUCAUCAAAGAAGGUGAAAAGGAGUUUGCACUACCUUUGGCACCUUCAGCUUUUAUAAGUGAACCCAGUGAUCAUGAAAGUGAGAGAGACAGACGAGAGAAGGUUCGAGGUAAAGAAGUUAAUGAACAACAAAGCCAAGGCUGGUUUUCUAGCUUGGUAGCUGCUGCAAAAAGCAUUACGUCUUGGGACAGCACUGAUGAUCAACUUGAUCCUGCUGUGCAAAACAUUGUUGAUUCUGAUCCAUCUCCAGUGCCGGUUUCGCUUCAAUCGGACAUUUUGGCUGACAAGUCAGAGCCACAGGUUGGUGUUUGUCAUGACACAACUCCACAGUCCUUUGAUGGUUUUGAGCGUGCUGUGCCUUCGGCUCCCUUUGAACCUGAGACCAGUUUCUCUGAAGAAUUGCAACCAGGUGUACAAGCUCCAUUUGAACCCAGGCUUAGUGAAGGACUUCAGUCCUUCCAUAGAGAUGUACCGAGCACAUCUGUGGGAGACCGCAGAAUUCUUGCGGAGCAACCCCAUCCAUCUGAUGUUUCUAGCGAGCAUGAUGAUAAUAUUUCAAUUUAUUCUACUGGAACUGAUGACUCGUUUUCUGUGUUGCACAGUCACCGGCCCUACGACGAGCCAAAGGCAUCCAAAGGCCGACAGAAGAAACACAAACAAAGGCAAAAGGGUGAAACCUUUCUGGUGGCCUCAGCAGUGUCAAGUCAUGCAGGUAGACGGUCAGCGUCUAAAUCACCAUCACCACCAUUGGAGCGUAGUGGGCAUUCCACAUAUCAAGACAGUCGAAAGAAGACCGACAGUAGUCAGAGUCCUCCACCGCCAGGCUUCAUAUCAGAUGUAUUAGGUAAGGCUUCAGCCACUCGGUGGGUUCCACAGGACUUGUGUCUUCACACCUCCUCAGUUGAGCGUCUCCAUCAGGAUGUUGUUGAUUACACAGUUCAGACACCAGCUCCGGAAAGGUCAGUUCGAGCCAGUGUUGAGAAGGUUGAUGAGUUAGUCAAAGCUGAUACGACCACGUCUCAGAGCAUACCUCCUCUGCCUGGACAACAGUCAAGCAUGGGCCAAAUGCUGUACAGUUGGAUACCCAGCUUCGGUGCUGCACCGCACACAGAAGCGGCUCCCGUAGUUAAAAGUCAGUUCAACAAAUAUGGCGAUGACAGCAAACAGAAAGCUGCGGGGCUCCAACAUAUAGACGGCAGCGAAGAGCCAGCCAAGGCGGCCACACGCUUUUCAGCUGACAUCACAGGAGGAAGGCUGGUGGAAUCGCCAUCAUCCGGUGUGGACACUGAAGGACCUUUGCCUGAUUGGCUUAUCGAUCCCAAAUGGCCUUCGCAGAUGACCACCGUCAUGAUACUGGUGUUCCGCCAGAUCUUCAUAAUUGAGAGGCUCUUGAGGGAAGCGUCUUCACUCCAAGGCAACGAUAGGCAGCGGAAGAUACAGGAAGCACAACAGCACAUCGACGGCAUGUCUCAACAGCUGUACGACGAACAGGUGUGUCAGAUUUUGGAGCUCUACCAUUUGGAGCACCCAGAGAUGGCAAGGCAUCAUGGGGAACUGUCAGAUCAACUUCAGCAGCUCGCACGCCGGCUUGACUCAACGGAGUUGCCAGCGCCUCAAGCAGAAUCGCCAAAGCCUGGCAUGGAUGAACAAAGCAUGCAGUUCUGGCUUGGCCUAGAAUCACUUCACGUGUGGAUCAGCGAUUUGCAGAGGCUGCUGAGCGUCCACCUCGACGCACUUAGCAACCCUGUUGUGCUCCAAGACCUGCUUCAGGAGCUGAGGCAACUUGUGGCUGAAACUGCAUCUCGGGAAGCUCAACUGGCAGACCUGGAGGCCCAGUCGCGGCUCCUAUCACCCGAGGCCAACCGAGAGGCUCUGGAGAGGUUUGCCCUCCUCCAAAGCGAACUUGGCAACGUGUACAGCCUCUUGGAAGAGCGUGCCCGUGCCAUCGAGGACCGUCUCCAGGCAGUCGAGCAAGAUAGGAAGGAACAAGAACAGUUGCUAACCUCCAGCAGUGAGGAAACCCUCCCAAGACGGCAGUUCAUUCAGGAACUGAACCAGUCUUUGCAAGACCAUGAGUGUGCCGUGCUCAAGCUACUGAGAAGCCCAGAAUCGGUGCCCCAGCAGGACACCGGAGACACUCCUACGACCGAACAAGUCCUGCAAGAAGUGCACCGUGCCAGGCAGCCCUCCACAGACACCGCUACGCCAUCUUCUUGGCUCGACGAAGCACCGUCGGACUCAAGCCCAGAGUCCUUGCACAACACGUGGACCGAGAUUGUCUCCAGCCUGCGCGAGUUAGAAGAAGACCCCAGCAUCGAGCCACAGAGGUUCCGCAUCAUUUACCUGCGCAUCAUUCACCUCAUCAUCAUCUGGCGAAAGCGCGCAAGGAGUGCGCUGUCAGAACCUGCAGACUUUCAAGAAUCAUUGGAGCCGUUGGAUGGUCAGCUUGUCGAAGUGUUGAGGAUCGUGAGAAGGCUUCCGGGCUUGGUGCUGAGCCAUGGGUCAAGUCUUCCUUCUGAAGAACAGGCUGCGCUUAGCCAAGCCGGGAACGAGCUCGUUGCCUACAUCGAGAGUGCGGAACCCGAGAUGAGGGACAUGAUCAGCGCACGUCUCGCUCUUCAGCAGGACACGCGUAAACUUGAGGAACAAGCUUCUCGCCUGCUUCAGAAGGUCGACCAGGAGCUGGCGCCAGAGCUGGAUCGCAUUCGUGAAGGAGACCCCGACUGGAUCAGAAAGGUGGAAGCCUGGAUUGAAGCACUGUGCUCAGCGCGGGCCGAAGUGAGGGAGCUGACAAGGGCCACCGUGCCGUCUGCACCUGAAGACACUGACGUUGCCAGUCACACACCUGCUGUGGCGAGCCUUGCACAGUGCUCACACAGGCUGCAUAUACUAUGGUGCCAGUGUCAGCUCCUGGUGCGUAGGGCCCUGAGACAACAGGCCCUGCAAAACAGGCUGGCAGGCUGCAAGGCAGCUGCCAAGGCACAGGAAACCUUCCUGCAACCCCUGAUUGCCCCCUGGUCUCCCACGGGCAGCCCUCAGCAACUGAAGGACAUUGAGGAUUCCGUCAAGGAGGCACUACAGGAAGUCCAGUUCCUCGACGCUCUUGGAAAGCACCUGUCCAGCCAGAGUGAUCAGUCCGCUGAGGCUCCAAUGGAGGUUUCCCCAACAGACACGCUCGCCGAGGCCAGAUUGGCCCAACUUAGAUCUUCGGCUGUGGCGCUAAAGAAGCUCGAGGACACUACGAGAGAGCAGCUCACUUGGAUGCAGGAGCAUCCACUCUGGGAGCCCAGUGCCCCUACAUCCCUGGAGUCAUUGGAAGAAGCGCUGCGAUCUCUUGAGGACCUGGAAUGCAAGGCUCGCAUGCGAGUGCCCUACGUCCACAACCUUCAGGACCUGUCCAGGGAAGUCGUGCUAGGGCCUCACGUGCCUCCGGAGCAGCAGCCAGCGGUGCUUUUGCUUGUCUGGCAUGAGUACUGGAUGCUCCUGUCGAGGAGAACAGCUUGGCUGCGCCGCGAGGUAGCCCGCUUGCGUCGGACCAGGGAGGCGCUGGACAAAGCCAAUGCCGCCAUCACGACUGCUGAGAAGCUGCUCAAGGACAGCCAGCCACAGGCUAAACAACCAACGAAGACCAUUGAAUUGGCCAGGCACGUGCACGAGGCAGAGAGGAGCCUGCAGAUUGCUGUGGAAAAGCCAUCGGGUGACACGGUUUCCCUCGAAAGCCUGGAAACGGACACCAGAAAACUGAGGCAGCGGCUUAGCAAGCUGCAGGAAGGCCUGCAGAAGGCUCGUGCAAGCUGGUCAACUCUGGCCGACCAUUCUGACCGAGAUAACCUUGAAAAGGCAGUGGAAGAGCUGCUGAAUGCAACGGAACAAGCGGCGCAGCAUCUUCCAACGACAGACCUCCCCAUGCUUCAGGCAUGCAAGGAAGAAAUGGAGGCCUGCAAGCCUGCCCUGCUGUCGGCUUUGUCAUCGUGCCCAGCUGCCGACGAGGAAGCACGCCGGAGGCUGUAUGUCAUCCUCAGCCGAUGGCACAUCAUCAUAGUGCUGCUGUUGAAGCAGCUCAGGUCGGCAAAGAGGAGGGCAGGCGAGCACGACCGUGCCAUGGUGGCACGUUGCGAGUUGAGACCUAGCAUGGAAGCGACGCAGGCAGCUCUAAAGCAGGUCACUAGAGAGAAGCCCACAAGGCGUCUGCACAUUAGGUCCUGCUUGUACGUAAUUAAGUGGAUCAGAGAAAUGCUGAAGUCACAGAAGGCAGCUCUGGACAGCCUGGAGAAGAAGGGACAGGAUGUUGCUGCGUUGCGCAAACAGCACGACGCAAUGGAAAAGGAAGCCAGCAAGCGAAGCCAAAGCCUCGAAGGCGCCUUCGGGGAGGUCAGCACUUUCGACAACUCCUUGGACGCAGUCGAGUCCUUCCUCACCCAGGCCGACGACUGUCUGCAGCGCUACUUGAACUGCUCGCCCGAGCUGUACGCCAGCUACCUGCCAGCGCUCGAGGCUUUGGGCCAGACACUGGAGAAACAGGAGAGACCACUGCUGGGUAGUCUAGAGGCUGCUCAGGCAAACCUGACCGACAGUGAUGGACGCAAGCCUGAGAAGACAUCGCUGGAGAAAGUUCGGCAACUGCGGGACAGGUGGCACCAACUCAAGGAGAAGACGUCUCAGCUGCACCGGGAAAUGCUUCAGCUGCACUCACUCUGGUUACUGUGGCUGACGGCGGAGGAGAAGCUUGUCAACUUGGCGUUGAAGACAGCUCACGAAGAGGACACCGGGGGAGGCGCCGAGCUUAGCUACGCCCAGGCAGCAGCGAGAGCAGACGUUCGCUCCGCUCUGAGAGAUCUCACCUCCGCAGACAUUUCCAGCCAACUCCUGGACCCCUCACCGCUGAAAGCAAGGAUCAACGCCCUACAAGCUUCCGCACCAGCGCUCAUGGAGCCGCGGUCGGCAUCGCAUCGCCACUGCGACUGGUCAGCCUUGGGCUUCGCCGCACACCCGGCAAAACUUGAGCAGGAACUCAAACAGCUGGAGAAGGUGCUCCCAAGAGAACCCGGAAGUGACUGGAGUGUAGAGAAGCUGCACGACCUGUGUGCUAAGCUAGAGAAACUGUCCCGAGACGUGAUUCCACUGGGCGUCAACCUUCACUGCAUCCGGACUGACAACUCCGAUGACCUCCUUCGGCGCUGGAGGCUCCUCUGCCACCGGCUCAUCGUUAUCUGGGGCAGCGCCCGAAGACUCCUGCUGCAGAAGGCGCCCCUGGAAGACAGCUGCACGGACCUGCUCCGGCUCAGCCAGAGGUCGCGGCAGACGCUCACCAGCGCAACAGGCCCUCCCUUCCAAGACCCAGCGACGUGCAGGCAGCACCUCGAAGACGUUGGCAACCUGCAACUGCGGCUGGCGACAUUCAAGCCAAUGCUCGCAUCCCUGCGGCAACGCCGGUCCACACGGGACCACGCCCAGUCUUGUGACCAGCUGGACGGGGCCAUGGAACAGAUAGCACAGAAAGCAAGGGCGCGGGCUGGAGAAGCCUGGCUCUGGCUGAGGCCCUGGAUCGCAUUCUGGACUUCACUGGACGUUGUCAACGGGCAGCUCUCGGCACUGGAGCAGUCGGAGGUGCUGCAGCUGUCAUCGUUGCCUGUGCUGGACCUGCGCUUCAUCUCGAUACUGUUCCAGCAUGAGCGGCUGGCCAAACAAUUGGAAGAAGUGAGGCAGCGCUGGAAAGCCCUGCACAACCAUGAAGAGCACCUGGCACGCGUCGCACCGACUGGACCGUGGCUGGACGAAGUCGUGAAACAGUCCCGCGAGUCUCUUCGUCGCCUGGAGGCGCUUGAAGCCAGGACAAGAGACCUCGAGAGGUGGUGCUCUCACUGGGAUGCGCUGAAGCAAGAACUGCACAAUCUCGACGCAAACAUGGCCGACGCGCUGCAAGACGCCCAGACUGCCACCUCUAGUUCUCAGCAGCCCUACUCACAGGAACUGGUGCCCAAGGAGAAGUUGGAUCAGCUGAACCAAGCCGUAGAAGCAACAGGCAAGUGCUUGGAUAAGGUGACAUCGGACUGUGUUGCUGCGGAAGCAGAAGCCGUGAAGAGUCACGUAGCGCAUACCAGCAAGGCUGCCAAGGCAUUGUCAGAAUGCGGAAGGUUCUCGCCCGGCCAAAAGGAGCAAGCGAGGAAAUGCCUGGCGCAGUUCAGCAGUUCCUGCAAGGAGUUGGACAGACAGAAGAAACAGACUGACGACAAGGCUGCGUCGAAACCAAGUGGCGACGCUGCUGAAUGGCUAAAACAACUGAGUGAGGAAUCGCAGAGGCACAAGGACGACUGCGACAGGCUGCUGCGUUAUGGUGAGUCCCUUGGGACUUUGCUCCUGGACGAAGACAUCAGGAAGGAGUUGGACAGCCAGCUUGCUGCCGUCAAGCAGUCAUCCAAUGAGGCUGAAGGAACGCUGCAGCAAAGCACAUUGAGGCUGAAUGGUGUGGCCGGCUUGCAGCAAGAGUUCAAUGUGAGAUUGGAUGAAUUCCUGCUCUGGCUCGAUGACAUGGAAGCAUCACUCAUCUCUACCAUCAUCCCAGCAGAAGCGCAACGAGAGUUGAAGCUUCUGAAUGCUAAGAAGCAAGGAGUGGCUGAACACAGCGAACCACUGAAGCAGCUACGGACGAGCCUCAGCGAUUUGCUCAAGUACUACCACGACCUCAUACCAAGUGCGGACCAGAACAGAGCAGAGGAACAGCUGGCAGACGCCGAGAGGCGUUGGCAAGCUUUGGCACCGCUGGUAGAAGAACGACGAAACAGAUUAAGUGCUGCGAAUGCCUUGUGGGAGGAAGUGAAGCAGUUGGCCGCCAAGCUCACGAAUGUGCGGACCGCCGAGGAUGCCCUUGCCUGCACCUUCGGCGACGACCUGGAGAGCCUCUUCCAUACAGUGGAGGCAUUGGAGCGCCUGCUACCCGAAGUGCAAGAAUUAGAGGUCCCACUGAACAACGUUUGCCGCCGGUACGAGAACCUGGUUCAGGACUGUCCGGUGGACGAGAGCCUUUACGCAUACAUCGACCAGUUGCGCAACGACUGGCUCGCGAGGAGGCACUCGGUGCGGGACUCUCUGGAACGCUACCGCGGAGCGGCACACACUUGGGAGUUGUGGGACAGCCUGCGGGAGCAGCUUGUGUUGUGGCUGACCGAGAAAGAUGUGGCUGUCAGCAGGCUUGAGAUGGGUCACAGCACGGAGGACGAUGACCCCGAGGCAUUACGACAGGAGCUCCUGCAAGGCAACUCCCGGUUCACCGAGCUGAAAUCCACUGGUUCAGAGGUGGAGCGGUUUGGCCUCCUGCUGGCAGGCAUUGCCACGGGCCCGGCGCUGGGAGAGCUGUACCUCUACUGGCAGGACCUGUGCCAGCGCGCGGGCGCACUGGCCGGAUCUGGGUCGCCGGAUGAGGAUCAGGAGCCAGCUCAACAAGACAUCGAACAAACUCAACAGCUAACUGGCACCGUUUCCCCACCAAUCAUUCCUUCUGUUGUUGGCGAGCCAAGCGAAGCUGAGCCAGAUAAGCUUCCCAUCGCUGGAGCCGCCUCGCAGAACCUCCACCAAGUUGUAAAUGUGCUUGUCAGCAACAUCAGCAACGUUCAGCGUCUCAGACGUAUGCGAAGCUCGUCCGAGAGCAGCGAAGCUGACGAUGAGUUGACUGAUUUGCUGGAAACUGUGGCGCCCGAGAAAGCCCUUGAACAAGAACAAGAACAACAGCCUGAUGUUUCAAGCGUGGAAGAGGCACUGUCACGUCUGGAGCAAUGGCUGGCAACGGUGCCCGACCAGUUUGGACCGGACAAGAUCCCAGAAGACCUCGAAGAACUGACUGCACUCGUUAACUCUCACAGUGACUUCCUUGACCAGAGCCGUAGGUACAAGCUCCUCCUGGACUGGCUUCAAGCACAGAGGAUCAGAGAUUCUCAUCUACAGAAGAGGCUCAAGGCCGCCGCUGUACAGUGGGACACGGUGUGCCAGAACGCAUGGAACUACCAGGAGCGUCUGCGCUGGGCAUUGCUGCGCUGUCCGCACUACAACAGUGCCCUUCAGCAGCUGGCUCUGUGGAUGAUCGCCACUAGGAAAUGGCUCAAGGGUCGGGACAAGGAUGCCAACCUGCCACCACGGCUCCUGGUUGCCCGCUACCGCCAGAUCCUGGUGCUGCAAGACCAGUUGCACCGGUUCCUGCCACGGCUAAAGGCACUGAACACCAUCCAAGAGUCCACGCCCACGUGCGAGGGUGACUCCGACGCCGAGCAGUCCCGCGAGCACAAGAAGACCAAGGAGGCGAGCGAAGUGCUUGCCCUCUUGCAGUCCCUGUUGGCACUGUGUGCGAUCCGAGCCAAUGCCCUUCGCAAGGACCUGCUCCAGUCCGACCUAAUACCGCAUGAUCCGAGCCUCGAAGAAGAGAUAAUUCCAUUCACAAUGGAAGCCCAGCAGUCAAGCGCUGCGGCCGAACCGCUGUUCCUGGCCGAGCUGGACGACGACCACGGGUCGGCGCGCCCCUGGUCUUCGCUGUUCUGGGGCCGCGUGGCGCGCACCGCGCUGCCCAUCCAGCUGCUGCUUCUCGUACUGCUGGGCGCGGCCAGCCUUCUCCCCAUGUCCGAGCAGGACUUCAGCUGCGUGCUGACCAACAACUUCGCCCGCUCGCUGGACCCCAUGCUGCGGUACCCGCAGGGACCGCCGCCCAUCUGAGAGAGUCGCCCGAUCGUGUCGUCGAACGACGCGCGUCCGCCAUCUUGUCUGUGCGCGGAGGACUGAUUCAUUGUGUCUAUAGUGGAUGUGUGCGGUGUGCUUAAGAGGGGGGAAAAAAAGAUGGAAUGCGUUCGCUCGAGUAUUGAACUCACAUCCGGUGAGUUGGGUGGUAAAAAAGAAACAAAGCGUUUGUCAAUAGCGCGGGUCAUUUCGAUUCCCUAUGCUGCAAUUGUUUGGGGAGUUUUAGUGAAACGACCAAACUGACAAGAACUUUUUGCAACAAUCGACGCUCAAAAAAUUGUGGCUGCUAUAUUCUUCUCUUACCCGCCGCGGUGGCUCGGUGGCUAUGGUGCGUUGCGCUACUGAGCACGAGGUCGCGGGUUCGGUUACCAGCCGUGGUGACCGCGUUCCGAUGGAGGCGGAUUUUUUUUUCUCUCUCUUUAAUCCACAGGGCGGUGUACUUGGCGGAACGGGCUGCUAUAAGCAAUUUUUUUCUUGGCCGGAAAAAAAAUUGGUGUUCGCAGCCAUUGUAACGCUAGGUCGCAUCGGGAAGUUGGUUUUAAUUUUUGUGUUUUUUUAAUUAGGUUAGUUCAAAUUGGGGAUAUUAAUUUUUUUAUUAAAGCCGCGCCUCAACCGACGUCACCGCCGCCACAUUGUUAAAGAAUUCUUUCGCACACCGCGCACGCCGAGAAUAACGCUUACCAUUACUCGACUUUGUACGGUGCGAUACAUUAGGGUGUUUUAGAAGACCGUGAAUACAGUGCUGCUAUUCGUUGCUGGUACGGACGCGGAGUUUAUACGAAUACGUAGACGCCUCGGAGCUGUGGUCUAUCGCGCGUUCUUAUACCAGCUCCUAGCCCUUGCAGAAAGCCGCGCCGUGAGCGGAUUUCCGGUUCGCAAAAACUCCCUAUAUCGUCAUUCGCCCAUUACAUUUAUGCCUUCUGAUACGCUGUGAUACGAGAGCAAAUGGGAGAAAAAUCGUUUAUCGCCCCGGUGUGAUGUGAUAGCGCUGCGGUAGCUGGUGCCUUUUAUAAGAGUAGCUAUACAUGUUUCAUAGGCUUCUUUUUUUAUGGUUGCGUUUUCCCGCAGUGUCCUCUCUAUACCUUAAUUAUCUUUUGUAGCAAACAUGCAAGAGCUGUUUGCGUCGUCCUCGUCACGGCAUAGUCAUCUUUGUUGACGUGUAUCCUUGAAGCUUUGGCAACUUUUUUUAAGCCUUAACCACGGGCUCCGGGAUCAUGAGCACGCUACAAUCUCGGAAGCCAUGCUUAAACAUAGCGGUAUAGCGCUUAAGAAAACUGUCACAGUUACGAAUGGUUUCUAAGCUCGUCCGCUUCUAACGACUCCGCUUUUUCGACUGUCGACUGCUACUUUUUCGACAUUUCCGCGCGACAAAGCCCUAUCGUGUCCCAGGGUAACGAAUUAUUACUUUUUUGUUUAUAUGAGCUCUUUGUAUAAUAGCAACUUCGACUCGCAAAAACCAGGGGUGGACUUCCGUCAUAAUUCAUUCUAUGCCAGCGAUUAAAGUCCGCCGGUGUGUAUGUGUGUUCAGCAGAUAUAUAGGAUGUUGUACUUAUAACUAUGUAGCCAAACAUUUAUCUGCAUUUCAUUUCGGUGACCUGUGAAUUGUGUAACUCUAGAUAUGCAGGUGGUUGUGUGAUCACCUGUGUUGACAAUCGCCGAGAUAAAAGAGCGGUGGAGUUUGAUCAAAAGAAGCGAAACUCGGAAUAUUUCUAUGUACUUGCUGUGUUGUUAGUUUGCUUGUUUCUGAAAUCGUAACGGCAAUGUCGUUGAGUGUACUUUGACGACGCGAAAUAUUCACUGUUGUACUUCGUUUUGCUUUUCGAAAGCAUGUCGCUAGUAGUAUAUUUACGUGUUGUUUGUUUGUUUUAGUACAACUAUCGAUAUACCCUGGGUGCAGUUGAAGCGAAAAGUUUCAUAUGUGUUCCUUCCCCCUUCUGGUGCUUGUUGAGCGUCGUUGAAUGCCUGUACAGAGAGCGAAUAAAGUGUCUGUGCCUUUUA